GAGAGAGAGAGAGAGAGAGAGAGAGAGAGAGAGAGGCGGGCAGCAGCGCCAUUUGCGCAGGGCACGCGGCUCCAACGCGGGGUGGGGAAAAAGGCGCCAGAGCCGCGGAGCCCUGAAGAAGAAGAAGAAGAAGAAGAAGAAGAAGAAGAAGAAGAAGAAGAAGAAGAAGCAGCAGCGAAGGCGGCGGCGCAGGGGGGCAAGGAGGCGAGUUCGAGGCUGAGCGCCCCACAACCGCCGCCGCCACCGCUCUGCUCGGGAGCGCAGCCUCGCCUCCGAGUCCCCUCCGAGAGAGAUGGAGAUGGGGAGAGGAUGGUGUUGCUGACGCCGCCGCCGCCUCCUCCUCCUCCCCGCUGCCCCGCCGCCGCGAAGUGAGCGGCUGGAGUCGGCGGCCGACUUGGGACGAGGCAGCGGCGGCAUUAGCAGCGAGAGGCGGCGGGAAGACGCGCCUCCGGCUCAGCCCGUCCGUGGGGCUGCGGGGCGCAUCGCCUGGCCCAGGUAAACGCGGAGUGGGGUGGGGGAGGUAGGUAAGGGGGUGGGUGGAUUUUUCCCGUGGGUGGGGGGGGCAAACACACUUUUUUGGGGGGUGAAAAUCGGCUUCUCUAAUACUCGGCAAUCAUUAUUUUUUAUUUUUUUCCAAGCGUCGGUCUGAAAAAUCCCUUUCCUCUCCUCUCCUCCCCGCCAAAAAAGUUUCCCUCCUCGGUGGAAGAAUGUCUGCUUUCUCUCCCUGCUUUCGAAUAGCUUCUUCUAUUCCUCUCUCUUCCAUUUCGCCAGGGGGGUAAGGGAAAAAAAAGAGUUUUCCUUCCACGUCGCUGGGUUUUAAAUGGGUGCGAUUGGAGGGAUCCGCUCGUUUUCUUCUCCUCCUCCUCGGGGCUUUAAGGGCGACUUCGUGGGGAGGUUUAGUGGCCAUAGAGGUCAGGAGACAACUCCGAGAGUGGGGUGGGGUCAUCUUACGCGCGCACCCCCCCAAAUUUCGAGGGGUUCCACCUCCCACCCACCCCAAUAAAAAGUGGGUGGGCUGUACAGUAUUGCCAUUCCAAUGGAGUCAUGUGAUCGAUUAUCCAGGGCUGGACUGACUUGCCCCCCUCCCAAUAUUUUAUUCCAAGUUGGCACCCCUAAAACCCCUAUAAAAUAUUCCCCAUCCCCUAGUGAACGGGCAUUGCCGAUCUUGGAAUGUGGGGGCGGGGCUUAUUGUCGCCCAAUAUUUUAUUCCAAGUUGGCACCCCUAACCCCCCUAUAAAAUAUUUGGGGGGUGCCCCUCCCCGUGGAUGGGCAUUGCCCUUCAAAUGGUGUUUGUGCGCCUUGUGAUGGAUUAUGUGGGGCGGGGCUUACAGGCCCCCCUCAAUAUUUUAUUCAAGUUGGCACCCCUGUGAGUGGUUUCGUUCCAAGUCAAGCUGUCGUCUUCCCCGCUCCCCAACCCAAUCUCGAGUAUCCUUGUUUAAGAUGAAAUUUGCUGCAUAGUAAACAAGAUUCUUCCUCUGUCUAGCAAGAACCACAACUCUCUGCAAGUUCUGCACCCCUUUUUCCAAACGGCAGUUUUGAGUUCUUCCCCUGGGGGGUAAAAAAAAUAAAAAUAAGGCGCCCAGUUUUGGAAUUUAAGGUUUAAGAUCCCAUCUUGAUUUCUUUGGAAUUUGUUACUCUGCAAUAGGUUUCCAAACCUAGGUAUUUCCCUCCUCCUCUCCCCCCCAACCUCCGCUCCUUGGAGCCAUAUGGUAUUUUUGAAGUUUAAAGAGUGGCGACACCCUGGGAGUGUUGCUCUCAGCCUAAGCUGAGGUGUUGGAAAUGCAUAAGGAUUCAGUUCUCAAGAAUUAACCCGUUGUCAGCUUCCUUGCUUCGGCAAUUUAUGACAAUAUUGUUGGGUGUGGAUUAGAAAUCCCACAGCACGUUUUAACCACCUUAAGUUAUUCUUGCAGUCAGGGUGGUUGAAAAGUUGCGAAAUGGUUGAUUCUCUCCCCCCCCCAAGCAGACAAUUCUGAUAUGUUUUAGUCACUGUAUGAUGAUAAUUCUCCAUUAACAUGAAAUAUAAGCCUCUUUCUGGUCCUAAUUAGCUGUGCAGCCCAAUCCCAGGCUUGCUUACUCAGAAAUAAAUCAUACUGAGCCAGUGAAAUUUACUCUUAAGUAAACAGACUUAGAGUUUUACUCCUAGAGCACAAUCCUAUGCGUGUCUACUCAGAAGUAAGUCCUACUGAGUUCAAUGGAACUUAUUCCCAGGCAUAUGUGUAAUAUUGCGGCCUUAGUUUAUUAAAAGUUGAAUAAGGAUUUCGUCUUAAAUAUGCACCGUUUGGUCUGCUAAGUAUAAAGGAAAGUGUGUAAAUAGAGCAUGUUUCAAGCACUGCGUUUUCAUAAGCUGUCUUGCCUUGGACAAAGCAUUUUAGUUGAAAUAAUCUUCAAAGCAAUGAGGCUUGCGUGGAUUAAAUGCUGCAUACUUUUAAAAUUAAUAUUCAUAGCGUCACAAAUUCCGGGCUGAUUUAAGUCCUUUCGUGCUUUCUCCUAUUUUAUACAUGUGCUUGCUUAACUACAGAAGAAGAAAAAAGUAUCAGCAUGAUUUUGUAAAAAUGCAGAGGAGCUCAGGAUAAGAAUGUAUACACAGAAGUCUUUUGUCCAAUUUCAUUUCCUUAAGCUUGAAGAGGCUGAACAAGGAUAACCAGGCAUAGUCUAGAUCAGAAGAAGAAACUGGAAAUGAAAGAAAGAAAGAAAGGUUAAAAUCAAAGUUGACCAUCUUUAUCCAUACAGUGGUACCUCAGGUUAAGUACUUAAUUCGUUCCGGAGGUCCGUUCCUAACCUGAAACUGUUCUUAACCUGAAGCACCACUUUAGCUAAUAGGGCCUCCUGCUGCCGCUGUGCCGCCGGAACCUGAUUUCUGUUCUUAUCCUGAAGCAAAGUUCUUAACCUGAAGCACUAUUUCUGGGUUAGUGGAGUCUGUAACCUGAAGCGUAUGUAACCUGAAGCGUAUGUAACCCGAUGUACCACUGUAUUUCUAUCCCCCCUCUCCUGUGAGUCAAAUUGGGAAUCUAACUUCAAGUGAAGUCUCUAAAUCAUCCUAGGGUGCCUACCAUUUGUUUUGACCUACAACUCCCAUCAUCCUUGACCAUUGGUUGUGCUGACUCAAGCUGAAAUGAGUUGUAGUAAAAACAUCUGGAGAGUACCACACUCGUGCAAGUUGCUCUACAUGUUCUCUGACUGUUUUAGAAACAGUGUUUUUCUUUAUUAAUCCAUCCCACCACAUGUUGAUAGGAUCUCUUCCGCUUUACAUUUCUGCCCAUUAAAUCAUGACAUUUCUGUUUUUAGGGAUUUCCCUAAACAAUAAUAGGAACAGCCACAGCUCUUGACGAUUUAUGAUCGCUGGCUUCACUCACUAGGACAGGAGCAGACCACGUGGUUCCCUCCAGAUGUUUUGCUCGACUACAACUUCCAUCAGACCCUGCCAGCAUAGCCAGUGGUCAGAGAUGAUGGGAGUUGUGGUUCAACAGCUGGAGGGCAUCAUGUUUGCUAACCCUGCACGGAGGGGGAAAGUAAGAGAAAUUGCGUUUCUUGGUUUAUGCCAAUUUAUAAUUGCCAUUGCUUGGCACCGAUCAUUAGAUCUUCCUGCAGGCUUUAUACUCCAGAGCUGUGUCACAAGUCUACGAUUUCUGCUCCUUUCAGUUAAGAAGAGACAGAGGGCUAAAAUGGCCAGCUGUGCAUCUCUACCCCAUUUACUCCCAUUCAACUCCUAGAGGGCUCCAUCUUGUUCACACUUCUUUUGACUGUGUAGUGAGAUUGCAUGGAGGUUUGGAUUCAUAUGCUGGUGUCACCCAGCUGUGCUUCUUUUUAAUCUGACCCGGGUCCUACAGAGUCUGUGUUUCUUGCCAUGGUGACAUUUUGGAAGUAGGUGAGCUAACUGAAGUUGAACCACACUAGACUGAAAUAAUUUUGUUUGACACCUUUCACAUGCUUGUCUAUUUGACCAGGAUACGAUGACAACAAUUCAUGCCUCUGUAACCUCAAGGUAGUCUGUUGUCACUUGCGUGCUCGAUGUGGACUGUCAUUGGUGACUGUUGAGGAACAUCAGUUUGUAUAGAACAUGCCAGCUCUUUUGAUCACAGAAAAGAACUGUGUUAGUUCCCCAUUGUGUUUUGGACACUACUGCUAUGAAGUCCUCCAUAUCUAUAUCUACAUUCCUCAGAGACCAACUUAUUUUCUUCAUUAUAUUAUGACCUUCAGAAUCAACAAAGUGUAUCACCAAUGGGUCAAUUACAAACAAGCAUGGGUAUGUAGAGAGGCUGCCCCACAAUUAAGAACAUAGGAAGAGGUUUGCAACAGGCCAAAGACCUGCCUGAACAAGGAGGUCUUCACUUGCUACUAGAAUGCCAUCAGAGAAGGGGCCAAAACAGCCUUUCUUGGAAGGGGGUGCCUGAGCCUGAAAAUCUCCACAUCCUCACAUCCCUGCCUGAAGAGUCUUUAAACCCAUGAAGGUUCCUAUUGAUCCCAAGCCAUUUAAGGAUCUAAAGGUCAUGGCUAGCACUUUGAAUUGUGCUCAGAUAGAAACAGUCAGCCGGCGAAUAUGUUUUAUCAUAACAAGGAAGGGAGUUUCAUGUUCCCAAUAAGUUGACCUCAGUCAACAAUCUGGUUGUGGAAUCUGAGCAAGUUGGUACAAUGAUGCUCUUCUUCCUAAUUUUUUGUUACCCUUGCUGUGUGUUUGGCAAAUGGUGGAAAAGAAAUGGAACAUAGUAAAUGAAUGAAUACAUCAAUUAUAAGCUUUUUCAAAAAGGUCUAGCCAGUGGUUCUAGGCCAUUUCUUUAAUGUCAAUAAAUCGAAACUCAAAUAUUGGGUAAAAUGCACCACCCCUAUUUUGGUCAUUUGUGCAUUUGACCAAGUUUUUCAUUUGACCAAGUUCUAGGUGCUUCUGACUUGGAGAUACAGAUAGAUGUAGAUAUAGAUAUAGUUGAUAUAGAUAUAGAUGAUAUAGGUAUAUGUCUCUCUCCCUCUCUCUCUCUCUCUCUCUCUCCAUAUAUAUAUAUCUUUAAGAGCAGGGAGUGGGAAGUCAUUCGUUGGUGCCAACAUAUUUUUGUUGCAUUGUGUGUUCUGCUCUACAGUGACUCAUUUUUCCAGGUUGGGGAAUUUGAUUUCAGUUUGGCAAUGAAAAUUGUUGGCUCUGGAGUCUGCUGGGGUUGUUGUGGGCCAAAAGUCUUGCAUGGCUAUCAUGCAGGAAAUAUAUACAUAUAUCUGUUUUUAGCAUUUGGAACUUUGGCUCAUGGAAUUCAUGUCAUAGCUGCUAUUUAUACAAAUACAGAGGUGUAGUUUUAGCUUAUCUUAACCUUUUUAAUUAAUUAAAAAAAAAGCACUGUAGGUCUGUAGAUUCUGCAUGGCCAUUUGAAAAAAACACACACUGUGCUUACAUAGGUAAGGCCUGUGUAUGCUCACAGUUCAAACCCGCUCCCUGCCCCCACUUUAUUCAGUGGGGCUUAUUCCAAGGCAAAUGUGCAUUGGAUUACAGCCUUAAUUUCCAUAGAUCUCUUACAGAAUUUCUUGCCUUUGACUGCAAUCUCAGAUUUCACAGAGUUUCUCAGUAGCAAUCUAUUAAUUUUCAAGCUUAUAAAUGUAUAACUCAUUACCUCGAACUUCAAACAUACCGUGCUGUAGUCUAAUAACUCUUUUGCCCUGCUUUCUGAAAUUUAGAAUUUCAGGGAGCACAAGGGAGUUAAUAUGACACAGAAAUGACUAGAGAUAUUAUAGUGAUGUAUACAACUAUACCAUUUUUAGUUUGGAAUGUUCCUCUACUUUCUCUUAACUUUUAGAUGAAUAAUGCAAGCCAGAGGAACUUAAGGAUGAACUAGACUUAAGGAUGAACUAGUCCUUAUUUAGUUGUGGGAUUUUAAUGUGUGAUAUUUCCACACAAUGCAGAAUUGUUUCUUUUCAGUAUGCAUUUUCAUAUGGUUGCAUCUGUAUUUCACAGCGGCCUGGUUCAAACAUCAUGCUAAGCCAGGGGUCAGCAACCUUUUUCAGCCGUGGGCCGGUCCACCGUCCCUCAGACCUUGUGGGGGGCCGGACUAUUUUUUGGGGGGGGGGGAAUGAACAAAUUCCUAUGCCCCACAAAUAACCCAGAGGUGCAUUUUAAAUAAAAGGACACAUUCUACUCAUGUAAAAACACGCUGAUUCCUGGACCGUCCGUGGGCUAGAUUGAGAAGACGAUUGGGCCGCAUCCGGCCCCCGGGCCUUAGGUUGCCUACACCUGUGCUAAGCUAAACUGUGGCUUAGCAGGGACAUGGAAGUCUUAUUAGCUCCCAGAGAAGAGAGUUCACUGCUGCUCUGCUCCUUCCUGGGCAUUUUUGCUACCUACAUAAGGUAGGAUUUGGCUUAGCAUUUCAUCUGAAUCAGGAAUUGCAGUCAAGCUUUUUCCUCAGUAAUUAUGAGCUAAAGGUAAAGGUAAAGGGACCCCUGACCAUUAGGUCCAGUCGUGACCGACUCUGGGGUUGUGGCGCUCAUCUCGCUUUAUUGGCCAGCAUGACUAAGCCGCUUCUGGCGAAUCAGAGCAGCGCACGGAAACGCCGUUUACCUUCCCACCGGAGUGGUACCUAUUUAUCUACUUGCACUUUGAACUGCUUUCGAACUGCUAGGUUGGCAGGAGCAGGGACCGAGCAACGGGAGCUCACCCCUCACGGGGAUUCGAACCACCGACCUUCUGAUUGGCAAGUCCUAGGCUCUGUGGUUUAACCCAUAGUGCCACCCGCAUCCAAUCAUGAGCUACACCAAGGUUUUUUCUUGGUGCCUUGGUAUUUUUUAUCCCGUAAUUUAUUUGGUUGCUAGGAAAUAAUUUACUAUCUGGUUGUACUGGCUAAAGAAUGUAAAAGGUUGUAUACUGCCAUGCGUGGCUUGACUUGCUUGCUUGAGGUAGGUGGAAAUUCCUUGCCUAUGAACACCUGUGAUUUUAUGUAAUAUGGAGCCCCUACUUUUUUGUUCUGUGCCAUGAUUUAAGCUCCAAGAUGUGGAGCUGCUAUGCUAAGAAUCUUGUUUUGCAAUCGGUUUUGAAAGUUGCAAGUUCUGUGAUUCCUUUAAACUGCUGCAUCUCAGAUAUGCUUGAAUCAAGCCCAGUAUUGACUGUGGCUGUGAAGAAAACAGUACCUCUUGAAAAAGAACGGCUGUUCUUGCUGUUUACAUUUCUUAGGAUUUAGAUUUUGUUUUUCUUGGUUUAUCUUUAUGGUAUAGCUGUGUUAAAAGACGUGGAAGGAUUGCCAGUUAAUUUGCACAGUUUCAGCACUAUGUUCAAAAUAACAAAUGUAAGCAUUGGAAAUAGGUCAUAUUAGCCUCCUUGCCCCUCCUUUUUUAAAAUAAAUGAAGAUACAGUAAAGUAUGGAAAACAUCUGUUCUGUUUUCUUUUUCUUCCUUACCUUCAACUUAAACAGCAUAAGUUGCUUAAAUAAAGAUAGCUUUUGUGGACAGAUAAUUGGUUGGCUAAAAAAAAAUGUGCUAAAUUUCCAUAGAUUGUGUACAUUACGCUUAAUCAUACAUUUACUCUGUUUUUGAACUAGAGCAUGAAAAUGAAAAUGGAGUUAGCAUAGUGAUUCAAGAGCCCAGGCCUAUGUAUGCUUAAUUGGAAACAAGUCCUGCUGAAUUCAAUGAAUUACUCGCUAAGUGCUCCCCUAGAGAAUGAACCAAGAAGUUCCUGGUUCAAAUUAGAGCUGGGCCAAAUAUCUUACCUCCCAUGUUUUUGCAGGCCAUUUGUCCUCCACAUAGGAUAAUCAGCUAUUUUGGGGGGAGUGGUGAAUUUUCCAAAAUGUUGUCUUAUCAAAUACUGUAGCAUCAAAAAAACCCUUCAAGCAGCAAUUUUUGUGUGUGUUUUUUUACUAAAGAAAGAGGAAAAAUAAUUGGAACCUCUGACAUACCUAAUAAAGUAAGACAAAGUAAAUAGAAUUUUGCUACUCACUCAGCCUCCCCCUCACCAAAACUAAUCCAGUCUUCUGUGAUGGUUUUUGAUGCACCCCCUUGAAAACUGUUGGACCAAAUACUUUGUUCUAGCAAAAAUGAAAAAUCAUAACUCAGCCACAAAUUCACUAGGUGGCUUUAGACAACUCAGCUCUUCCUCAGUAUGUAGAUAAUAAUACUGGCCUAUAAUACUUGAAGGUUCUCAGACUUGCUGGUAUGAGAAGUUAUUUGAACCUUUAGGAAAAAUGACCUGCAUUUUUCUUAUAAGCUCAAAUUUUUAAUUAUUACCAUUUAAGUAAGUUAGGGUUGCCAUAUUUCUUUUGGCAAAGUUGUUGAGUUUUUUUCAGCAUUAUGAGCUGCCAUAUGCCUGGGUUUUCCCAGAUGUUUUAGCCCAUUUCAUACCCGAACGCCAUUUCCGACGGACAAAUCAUGGUUAUUUUGGAUGUAUUGCAGCCCUAAGUAAGCCUUGUGCAUUUUCUCCCCUCAUACACAUAUCAGUGUGGUUUUAUUGUGAGUUUUUACAAAAGUUGUCUUACUGCUCUGCAUGAUAUAAUUAAUAGUACCCUUCAUAUGUGGGCCAUCAUGACAUUUCCUAUUGACUAGGACAUCAGGAGUUUCCUGAAUGUUGAUGUUCCCCUCCCUGGUAGUGUAGGAAUCCCACCCACCCACCCUCCAUUGUUACCACUGAGCUGGUUCGCAUAAACAAUGACUUGGUGAGAAAGCUAAGGAGGUGGGCAGACUUCUGGAGAGGAGCUUGCAAUUCCUUUGAUCCACCUAAGGCCUUUUUGCUGACAUGUACAUUCAUGUGGUCCCCAGAUGGGGUGGAAUUGUUAUCUGGGAACCCAAGGUUGAAUUAUUAUUAUUAAGGUUGAAUUAUUAUUUCAUUGACAUCCCAUCUCCCCCCCCCCUCCAAGGAGCUCAAGUUGGCAUAUAUGGUUCUCACCUUCUUCAUUUAAUCCUCACAACAGCACUGUGAGGUAGGUUAGGCUGAGAGGCUGUGAUUGGCUAAAGGUCACUCAGUGAGUAUGAUGGGCAAGGGGGGAUUUGAAUCCUCGUUUUCCAGGUCCCAGUCCAACACUCCCAAGUACUAUACAGUGGACGCUCAGGUUGUGAACGUGAUCUGUGCGGGAUGCACAUUCGCAACCCACAGCAUUCGCAACCCGCAGCGGCGCGUCUGUGCAUGCAUGGGUUGCAAUUCGGCACUUCUGCACAUGCGCAAACCGCGAUUUAGCACUUCUGUGCAUGCGUGACCACCGAAACCUGGAAGUAACCCGUUCUGGUACUUUUGGAUUUUGGCGGUCCGUAACCCAAAAAAACGCAACCUGAAGCGUCUGUAACCCGAGGUAUGACUGUAUCAGCUUAGGAGGUCUUGCAAGCAGACCAUUAUGCUUAUGUUCCCUCCAUUGUGUAUGUACUGAUCUUAACAUUAACAUUUGCAAUCAUGGUUAGGUAAUCAUAGUGUCCCUCAAAUAUAUGUUUGUACUGCAACUCCCAUCACCCUGCCUGGUUCUCUAAGCCAUCGUAUGAGAGAUGGAAGGUGUGAGUGAGAAGAUAACAAGACAGCUUGACAGACAAAAAGCUCUUUCACAGUUGCUUUGUUUUUGAAAUUCUCUGAUUGUCCCAGUUUCCAGAACAGUUGCCAUGUUAGUGUGCAUCUUGCAAGUGCCGCAAGGCAGGUGUAUUCUCAGUGAUUCUCAGUGAUUGAUUGAAUGAUUGGGAAGGUUGUUUUACACUGUGUACAUAGUUGUGAAGGAAGCUCCUUUGCAUGGAAGAAUGUCUCUUUGAUGUGGCCAUAAAACACUAAUGCAGGAUGUAAAUGCCAAUUUGGCUCCUUAGCCUGAGGUAAUGUUUUACUGCCUUAACCUUUGCACUAGACUCUAGUUAACCAGACUACCGCCUACUUUGCCUGAUGGAAAUACAUCUAAUUACUAGGUUACAAAAGAUUAAAGAAUUUAGAUGGCAGGUUCAGAAGAACCUAAAGUGGGAAAUAGAGUAAGGCUCAGUUCCACUGAGAGGUAGCAGCUGUAUUCCUAACAAGUAAAAUCGAACUUUAAUUGGUCAUUAGUAUUUUAGAUGCCUUAUUUAAGAUACCGCAUUGCAAUCUAUUUUGCAUCUAUUAAUCUAUUAAUGCUGGGAUAGCUCAGUCAGUAAAGCAAGAUGCUCUUAACCUCAGGGUCAUGGGUUCAAGCCCAUUGGUGUUCCAUGGUGUUCUCUCUAGGGGUGUCUAUUUCACACAACACAUGUGGAUAAAGUCCCAUGGACUGCAGGAAGAGCAAACCUAUCCAUUCUUAAGGAAAUCUGCCCUGAGUGCUCACUGGAAGGACAGAUCGUGAAGCUGAGGCUCCAAUACUCUGGCCACCUCAUGAGAAGAGAAGACUCCCUGGAAAAGACCCUGAUGCUGGGAAAGAUGGAGGGCACAAGGAGAAGGGGACAGCAGAGGACAAGAUGGUUGGAUAGUGUUGUCGAAGCUACCAGCAUGAGUUUGACCAAACUGUGGGAGACAGUGGAAGACUGGCGUGCCUGGCGUGCUCUGGUCCAUGGGGUCACAAAGAGUUGGACACGACUAAACGACUAAACAACAACAACAUGAGGAUAAAGCAGGUCUGUGCCCGCUGCCACAAUCUUCUGGUGGAUGCACACAGACCUUAUAAGAAGGGGCUCAGGAGGGUCAUUUGGCCUCAGAACUCGGGCUCAGAGAGGGCCUCAUUUGCUAAGUUUCACAACUUGUUUUAUGCACAUCGGACCACAAAAGAGACACUCUCACAGUUUAAAACUGGAAAUUUAACAAAUCAGAGAUGUGAUUUGAUAAAAGACAUUUGUUUGUUUAUUAAAUGAUAUAGAUAUCACAUUCAAGAGUUCAAAAUGUUAUUGACUUGGUCAGAAUAGUAAUUCCAAGGCCUACAACCUUCCACACUGGCUGUGAAGUAACCCCCAUAGAAACUAUGAAGCAAUCUAUGGACACAUGUGAUGGCCUAGUUACCACUUGCUCCCCCUCCCCCUUUUUUCCAUUUUAGAAUGCUUGGGAGCAAAAAUACCCCCAAAAAACCCCCAAACAUUUCGGAAGAAGCAAAAAAAUUGAGAUCACACAUGGGUGAAGGGGAGUGGGGGGUUUGGGGGAAUUUGAAAUAUUAUUUAUAAGAUAAAAAUUUAAAUAUAAAAUGUCUAACUGUGAUUUAUUUGUAUACAGCAAAGAGACGUGUAGAGUAAUUAGGUAUAUUUGAUUUAAUUAAUCAUGAAACAGGUUUGUGCUAGGAAACGAAUAUGGAUGCUGAAUUUGAUGUUUGUAAUUUUUCUUUUCUUUUUUGGUUUUGGGGAAAAAAACCACACCAAACAUUUAAGGGUGGUGGCAGUCAGCUUACUUACGGGACGCGGGUGGCGCUGUGGGUUAAACCACAGAGCCUAGGACUUGCCGAUCAGAAGGUUGGCGGUUCGAAUCCCUGCAACGGGGUGAGCUCCCGUUGCUCGGUCCCUGCUCCUGCCAACCUAGCAGUUCGAAAGCAUGUCAAAGUGCAAGUAGAUCAAUAGGUACCACUCCAGCGGGAAGGUAAACGGCGUUUCCGUGCGCUGCUCUGGUUCGCCAGAAGCAGCUUAGUCAUGCUGGCCACAUGACCCAGAAGCUGUACGCCGGCUCCCUCAGCCAGUAAAGCGAGAUGAGCGCUGCAACCCCAGAGUCAGCCACGACUGGACCUAAUGGUCAGGGGUCCCUUUACCUUUACUUUAGUCAGCUUACUUUGUUUCCCAGAAAUCCUUUUCGGAGGAGGAGAGAAGUGGGGAGGGAUGUAGCUUUUCUUCUCCCCUCCUAUCAUCACCUACAAAGGCUUCUGAGGAAUGGGAUGGAACGAAAGACAAGAGCGUUACUUUGGAUCCCACUUCGGAGCUUUAAAUCAGGCCUGUAUUUCCUUCAGGGCCCUCAGACCCAUUUGUCCAGCCCUGCCAGUGGAGUGACACUAGUAUCACUCUGCUGGUGGAGAAGCCCUGUCCACUCACCAAAUGGAGCUUCCUAACCAACUGAACUAUCUGCCAGCAGAAAGACCCAACUUGGAGUGUUCCAGGGGAAAGGCUAAGCUUGCUUGGGAUUUCCUGUAUCCUGAGCUGGCCCUACUGUCAUCACUUGACUUAAUCCAGGCCCAGUGUGCUGGUCCUGAGGGUUAACUGUGUGGCAAGGUCCAAGUCCAGUCCAAGGUCGAGGGUGCGGUAUGGAGGCUGUCCAUCAAGGCUGAAGCUGGUCCAAGGUAGGGAGUCAGGUGAGAUCAGGAACUCUGGCAGAAGAGCAGGACAGGGUGCAGGCAGGAACAGGCUACCAACAAUGUUGCUCCCACAACCUGGGACUGGGGCUGGCUGGCUUUUAUCUGCUCCAAGGCAUAGGGCAGCCCCGGUCCACAGGUGACUCACCUCUCCUGGCCUGGAGGCGAGCACUCCUCCUGCGGGAACUUAGUUCUCUACGCCUCUCUGCCCUGAGCCUCUGCAGCUCAGGAGAGGCUGGAGGGUUACCGGACCCAGAGGCAACCUCAGCUUUCCCUGACGGGGCUGCGAGUGGAGCACCUGCAGGCAAUGGGUCCUCCAUCACCUCAGGAGCCAGAGCAGACUCAGCUGGUGCCUGCACCUGAGGAUCCAGCACAGGUGAGGACCCUUCAGGCUCAAGCCCCAGCCCUGGCUCAGCUGGUUCUGGAGGCAGGGACUCCUGAGCAGGCUGGGAUUCCUCAGGUUCAGCAUCUGAAUCUGAAUCCCAGGCCAUCACACCCAGUCUCUACACCACCUCCAGGCUGGCAUAGCAGUCCAGGCUAGUCUUUGCCGCCAUCUUCUGCCCAGGCUUUGAAUUCUUUGUUGGCUAUGCUGCUCCAUCACAUCCUAUUGCUGCCCAGCCUGUGUUUGAAUUAUGCCCAUCACCCUUUUUUUCCAUUUUAAUGGCCACAGUGAAGUUACUGUCUGCUAAACGGUUACAGAUUAUUCAGUAGCUAAUGUUGAGUUCAGAAUAUCUUGGUCUGCAACCUAACUGAGGAAAGUACCUUUGAAUUACAGCUGUAUCCAUUCAUCUGUAAAGUACACUACCUUACUUAUCAUUCGUUUAUUUAUUUUUUAGUGAGCACACAAAGCUUUGGGAAAUAUGCUGCUUAAGUUAAUUUUUGUAUUAUUCUUUGAGAUAGAAAUCAAUUCAGUGCACAAAGGAGAAGGGAUUGUUUUCCACAUAUUUCUAAUAAAGUUUAUCACUGUUUAUCCUGCCAGAAUCAGAGGCGGGUGAGAAUUUAAAAUAGUUCAUUCAACUGCCAGUAUCUGUAAAAGGUUACAUACAGUAUGUGGAUGUAAACCAAAUGGGUGUCAAGAUUAGAACAGUGGAACAUUUUACUUAUACUGUAUCUAUUCUUUAUUAUUUUGGAUAGGGAACUCUGGCAAUUUUGGAGAGCGCUACAGCCCUUUAAAGAGUCCCCUACAGCAAAUCUUUCAGAAGUGCUUUUAAUUUUAAAGAUUUUGAAUGCCCCUUAAUAAGUAGCAUUAUAACAAACAAUUGCAGUAGAAGAUGUUUGGAUUAUGGUUUUUGGUUUAGUUAUUCUAGAAUGCUGAUAAGCACUUGGAAGCUGCAUUACCCCAGUCCAGUGCCAUUAACUUUGAGAAAGAGCACGUGUUGCAGUGGGGGCCGCCAGGACACUCCAAAGUUGGGGGCGGGCUAAUUGACCGUUGGCCACUGAUGCGAUUGGGGCUUCCCUUGUUGUUGGGAAGAAGUUAAUGUUACCGUUUGUUGAUUGACAGCCAGAAAUGCUAAAACUUCUUUCACGAGGCUAGGGCUUCCUCUUUUCGACCGUGCAUUGGAUUGCCCCUCCCUCCCUAGAAUAGGGUUGUUCGCUUUGACCUUGCUAUGCCUGUCAUGGGGUCGUCUGCUUUGGGGCAGGGGUGUGGUAGGAAUUUUGUCCAUCUGGCUGAUUGGCUGGGGCCAUUUGGUUUUUGCCUACUGCGUAGCAAAUUGUCACAACUUGUAAGGUUGCGGUUAGGCAUUGGUUUAUGAUUUGGUUGGUGGAGGGGCAUGGAUUGGCUGUGCCUGCCCCUCUAAUGCUGCUGCUGCGAGGGAUUCCGUUAAAGGAAUUGGGGGCUAACUAUUGCUUGUCCACUCUGUCAAGGGGGCUCGGGCCAUAGCAAUGAGCUCCUGGUUGCAUUUGGGGAGGGCUGAGGGCAGGUUCCCUGCUCCGACGCUACCCCCAAGUGUAUUCCCCUAUUCUGACUUUCGCAUCGUGCGGAAUGUCAGUCUGUCCCCCAUGGUGGGGGCAGAUAGUCACAACCAGUGCCUAAGCAACCACUCACAAAUUUGUAUUUUAAUAAAGUUGUGGCCAAAAUUAUGCCAAAAAUCUUAAACAAAAAUUCUGUGUGAUGUGUGAGUUAUUGGGGUGGCCCUGGGGACCUCGACACGCAAGAGGUUAAUGACAAAAAUAUGUCUAUAUCUUUUAAGUGAAGAGUUUUCUACCCAAAGAUUGCUUGCUACUGCAGUUUCUACAAUCAUGAUAGUGUGUAGUAAUGGCCACCAACUUGGGAGGCUUUAAAGGUAGAUUAGACAAAAUCAUGUACGAAUGAGCUAGCUCUUAGAGACUCUGUGUACAAGGUUCUGGGUCCUGCUUGUGGGCUUUGCAUAAGCAUUUGGCCACUGGGAACAGGGUGCUGGAAUAGAUCAACCUUUGGCCUGAUGUUCUUCUUAUGUUUCUUCAGAAAAACGUGUCUGAUUACUGGUUGAUAGUAGAUAGUUGGGACACACUGUGCCUUUAUUUACUGGUUUACUGGUUAUCAAUACGUUUCUGUGUCCAGUAUAAAGUGCUGGUGAUUACAGUGGUACCUCAGGUUACAUACGCUUCAGGUUACCUACGCUUCAGGUUACAGACUCCACUAACCCAGAAAUAGUACCUCGGGUUAAGAACUUUGCUUCAGGAUGAGAACAGAAAUCGUGCUCCGGCGGCGCAGCAGCAAUGGGAGGCCCCAUUAGCUAAAGUGGUGCUUCAGGUUAAGAACAGUUUCAGGUUAAGAACAGACCUCCGGAACAAAUUAAGUACUUAACUUCACCCCCAUCGUUCAGCCCGUACACUGAGAUCCAGCGCUGAGGGCCUUCUGGCGGUUCCCUCAUUGCGAGAAGUGAGGCUACAGGGAACCAGGCAGAGGGCCUUCUCGGUACUGGCACCCACCCUGUGGAACACCCUCCCUUCAGAUGUCAAGGAAAUAAGCAGCUAUCCUAUUUCUAAAAGACAUCUGAAGGCAGCUCUGUUUAGGGAAGUUUUUAAUAUUUAAUGCAGUAUUGUUUUUAACAUGUGAUUGGGAGCCACCCAGAGUGGCUGGGGAGACUCACCCAGAUGGGCGGAUUAUAAAUAAUGAAUUAUUAUUAUUAUUAUUACCACUGUACCUUUAAAGACCUAAGUGGUUUAAGAUCGGGUUAGUUGAAGGACCGCCUUAAUUCAAACCAACUUGCCUAUACCAUGUGAUCUGCUUCAGAGGCCCCACUUACUGCCUACAUGCACAGCCCCAUUUGUGGAGCUCUUAAAAUAUCCUACUCAUUUCUGAUGCAACUUUUUGCUUAUUCUAGUGAGCAGAGCUUUAAAAGCAUUUUGGUAGUACUAAUAGCUCACAACAGUGCUGUUUUCCGUAUCUGUACACAAAGCAUCAAUUCAUAAUUUGACUGAUGUCAUGUAUGGCUCGCAGGCUGCUCUGUGAAUACAAAAUGUAUUCCUAUGGGGUGGAAGAAGAAAUGUUGAAUAUUAGUAUCAUUUUUGCAGAGAAAUGCAAAACGUUUACUGACUUUAAAAAAGUUACUUGAAGCCUCUUCACAAGUUACUUUUUAAAGGUUUAAACCAAAGAUGUUUUUAUUUAUAUUCUGCAAGCAAUUGAGAAUACUCUUUUUUAAACAAGCUUUUGAUUCUGUUGCUAGAUUGUUUUGAUUGCUGGUGCUCCUCUUAGCAUUUUUGUUUGUGCUGCUUUUUAUCAUUUGAUAAUUUGCGUUUUCAUGGGUUGCUUUUAUGUUUGUCUUAUGGGUUGCCAUUUUGAACGACUCCUCUGUAGAGCUGGCAAAAUGCAGUAUACAUUUAAAAAUAAAUACAGGUGGUGAUUAUUUCAUAUUGGGGUUCUGUCCUGGCCCUUGUGCACAUCAGUGGAGCACAUAGAUGUGUGUCCCACCCUGUUAUACCCUGUUCUGCCAUGCCCCCAUUAUACCCUUUUUAUGACAUGUUGAGUGACAUUUUUGGGUCACUUCCGGGUUCUGCACCGCACAUGUGUGUGCAAUUGUGUAUCUUCUGGACAUGCAUUAAUCAGUCAUUGGUUGUUUUUAAAUCACCAUUUGCAGCAGGCCUCUGGUCUCAUUUUACCCCCAAACAGUUCUAAGGAUCUGAAAUAACAUGAAUUUCCGAAGGCUUCCUGCUGUUGAGAAGCCACAUACUUAUUUACUGAAGUGCUGCAACUUUUCUGCAAAAGUUACUGAACAAUUAACUGAAAGCUUAUUUUUCCUGUAAAUGUCCCCAGCUCCAAUUGCAGUGGUGUUGGAUUGGCAUCUUGGGCUUUUAAAAUAAAAGGAAAUAAGUAAGAGGAUGCUUCAAGAAGUGAUGGUCAAAAGCUCUGUGUACUCCCAGGAAUCAAUCUAGUAAUAUUUGCCAUUCAUUUAAUUAUUUUUCUGAAAGUCAUUAGUAGCCCAGUAUAGAAGCUAUUCAGCUACUUAGGGAAUCUCUCUAUGUUUUGCAUAUUAAAUUAUCACUUUGCAUAAAAGCCUUUCGCUUCACCCAGAAACUCCAGUGGGUGCAGAAUGCCACUGCGAGGUUUCUUACGGGGUCCUUGCCAUGGGACCACAUUCAUCCAGUGCUAUACCAGCUGCACUGGCUCCUGGUGGAGUACAGGGUCAGGUUUAAGGUGCUGGUUUUAACCUUUAAAGCCCUAUACGGCCUAGGACCCUCGUACUUAUGGGACCUCUUCUCCCGGUAUGCCUUGCGGAGGACCUUACAGUCUGCAAAUAAUAGUAUUUUGGAGGUCCCGGGCCUCAAGGAGGUUAAAGUGGCCUCAACUAGGACCAAGGCCUUUUUGGCUUUGGCCCCAGCCUAGUGGAAUGCUCUAUUGCAGGACACCAGGGCCCUGCGGGACUUGACAUCCUUCCACAGGGCCUGUUCCACCUGGCCUUCAGUCCGGGCCCAGUUUGACCCCUCUAUGGGACCCUGUAAGUUACCUCUUUGGCUCUUUUAUUAUUUUUUUUAUAAGAUAUUUAUUAAGAUUUUUUAAAAUAUUACAAUAAAAGUGAAAAAAAUAACAAAAAUACAAAAUAAAAAUGGUUAAAAACACCCAGAUUUUCCAUUACUUAUUUUCCUUUAGCUUGUUUCCCGGACCUCCUCGUACCUCCCUUUUUUGUAUUCCACUUCAAUCUGUUGGUUCAGCAAAUCCUUACCCUCUUUAAUUAUCCUAAUCCUUGAUCUUAAAAAUAAUAGCAUUAGAUUUUUACCUAUUUAUAACCCUUUUUUCAUAUUCCCUUAAAGCAUUACAGCUGGAAACCACUUAAUUUCUAUCCAACAUCAUUCUAAGAUUAAUUAAUUUUACAAUAUUUCUGUAGAUAAUCUUUGAAUUUCUUCCACUCUUCUUCCACCGACCUCUUUGGCUCUUUUAUCAGCUCAUGUGGGACCAACAUGGAUAGCUAGCCCUGAUGAAUACUUGAGGUUCCCGACCCCUAUGGUUGUAAUUAGUGGGCAGCCAUUUAAUUUUAUCCUGAUUCUAAUUUUAAGCUGUAUUUUAAUCAAUUGUUUGAUUGUGUUUUAAUGUAUUUGAUAUUUGAUGUUUGCCGGUGAGGGCGGGGUAUAAAUCAAAAUUUACUUACUUGUAAAAGUCAGUAUAAUGUAUUUUUAUAGCCAGUUGCUACAUUAAUGCCCAUUCUCCUACUCAUUUCCCAGCUUAAAGGGUUUUAACCAAACCUAAAAGUAAAAACACCAUUGGAUUCAGAAACAGCACCUGCAGAAACGUUAGAAGCCUCUGGCUUCAAUAAAUUUCCUGAAAGAAAAUACAGGUGACUCCCUAUUUUAUGCAAUUUCACUGACACACACUUUGGGUUUGGAAUGUAGCCCCCAUGUAAAUGGGGAGUCGCCUUUAUUGACUGACCUUCUAAUUGGUGACUUUUACAAAGGCUGUGGAACCUUUUAGGUUGAAAAAUUCCCAUGUGCAUAACUUUGGGGGGGGCAUAUUUAUAUUUGGGCUUUAAAAUAAAGUCCUCAGUUCCAAAUGUGGAUAAAUAAUUUCCGAAGAAUUUUUGGUUUUCCUUUCUGAAAAAAAGUAUUCCAAAUUUAAGCUAUAGAACAGACUUGAAAAUUACAUCUCAGUUGUAGCUGCUUGUACCAGUUCCUGAAAAUUGUUUUUUGGACAAGCUGCAGAACAGAUGCCUUGUUGUUUAGUUGUUUAGUCGUGUCCGACUCUUCGUGGCCCUAUGGACCAGAGCACGCCAGGCACUCCUGUCUUCCACUGCCUCCCACAGUUUGGUCAAACUCAUGUUGGUCACUUCGAGAACACUGUCCAACCAUCUCGUCCUCUGUCGUCCCCUUCUCCUUGUGCUCUCAAUCUUUCCCAACAUCAGGGUCUUUUCCAGGGAGUCUUCUCUUCUCAUGAGGUGGCCAAAGCAUUGGAGCUUCAGCUUCAGGAUCUGUCCUUCCAGUGAGCACUCAGGGCUGAUUUCCUUAAGAAUGGAUAGGUUUGAUCUUCUUGCAGCCCAUGGGACUCUCAAGAGUCUCCUCCAGCACCAUAAUUCAAAAGUAUCAAUUCUUCGGCGAUCAGCCUUCUUUAUGGUCCAGCUCUCACUUCCAUACAUCACUACUGGGAAAACCAUAGCUUUAACUAUACGGACCUUUGUCGACAAGGUGAUGUCUACCCCAGUUUAAUUGGUCUCCAGUCGUCCACACUAGCAGAACUACACUAUCCACAUCACACAUUGAAUAUGAAAUGUUACCAAUCCAUGAUGUCAUUAAAAAAGAACUUGGUUUUGGUACUGACCAUAUUUUGCCAGCAACUUAUUCAUUGAUGCUGAGCUAGACAAGUGUAUUAGCAAGGCAGCUACAGCAAUGGCUUGCCUCUCCAAAAGGGUAUGGGAAAAUGUGAUGUUGAUGUCCAAUACCAAUAUGAAAGUCUACCAGGCUUACGUGUUGAAGACACUGAUUUAUGGAAGGGAGUCGUGGUCAACCACCAGGAGCAAUGCCUUGACACCUUCCACGUGCUGCGUCAGGAAGAUUUUGGGUAUCACGUGGCAAGACAGUUUCUCAAACAAAGAUGGGCAUUUCCAAGCCCACAUUCCCAGCAUGUCCAUACUCCUGUCUCAGUGACAUCUAUGCUGACUUAGUCAUGUCCACAGAAUGGAAGAUGGUAAGAUUCCCCAAGGAUAUGCUCUACAGGGAGCUGGCUUCAAGCACCAGGUUCGUUGGCAGACCAACCCUGCGUUACAAAGAUGUCCGCAAACAUGACAUGAAAGCUGGCAAUAUCAGCCCUGCCGUGUCGGAAUCCCUUGCAGACAACCGCAGUGCCUGGACACAGACAGAUUGCGCAUCCAUAGCAGUGACCAGAGGAGGAAAGGCUGCUGGGAGGAGCACUAAGAGAAAAAGCACUGUGGAACAUCUGCAGCAGCACAACUGGAUGCCUUCAUAGGCUCCAGCUGCAACAAAACAUCUCUCUCCACUAUCGAUCUCUACAACCACAAUAGGCUCUAAAAUUCCAACAGUUCGACUUUACCCCCAAAGGCGCACUUCUCCAUUGUCUCCCAAGACAGACUGAUUCUGCCAACAAGAACAACAUUUAGAACCUUAGCACUGGUAAUAUUCAUGGACAUUAAUUGGGCCAUAUAGUUUUAGGCGGCUUUGUAGGUAUUCACCUGUAGGUGAGAUCUUCUUAACAAUAAUUAAUCACAUUUUUACAGAUAUUGAGGCAAAAUGAAACCAACAUACAAAUUAAUUCCACAACAGGAGCCAUGUCCAGUGGUUCUGGAAUCAUAGCGGCAAUCUUCUAUUGUUUCACAAAUUUUUGUAGACCACGCAGGCCUGUUUUGGACAGUCUAUCCAACAAUAAAUGGGGACUGGCAAAGUGUUUUUUCAAACGCUCUUGUUUAGCUGUUUGCUAGGUAGAAAAAAUAGGAGAUUUAUGGAUCUCCUGGUGGGCUGCCAAAAUAGCUGGUGGGCUAUGUUUGGUUUGGUGGCUCACAAAUUGUGCACUCCAGAACAGAUUAAUGCUGAAGUGCAUGUUUUGAAAUAUCUUGUGAGGAUGAACCAAAUAAUGAAUAUGAACAAUUAUACAAAGUGACUGAGUGAGAGCUCAUGGGUAAUGACCUGAUACAAUCUUGCAGAUUUGCUAGGUCAAGGGAGAGGCUGUGGUGUGUAGAGGCAAGGGAGAAGAAUGGAGAUGCAAUAGCUAAACUGAGUUCAGGAAUGGAAGGUCAUCACUCCUAGAACAUGCUACUUUGCCCUUUGGGUACUUUGCCUCUCCAAACAAACCUGGAAGCAUUAGUGGAACAUGCAUUUAUUUAUCCUUCCACACCUAAUAAGAAAAAUAAAAUUCUUCCUGACCAUGAUGCUUGAAAAAUAUCAAAAAUAAUGUACCUUUGAAGAAGAAUGACGGAUUGGGAACCUCAGGCCUGGGGGAUGAAUGUAGCCCUACAGUGUCCUGUUUGACCCUCUUCUCAGGCCAUAGCCCUUACUGACCCUGCUCUUCAUCAUUCUCGAGCAUUUUUUGCUGAAAUGUGGCCUUGAACUCUGAUAAUGCUUCUCACUUUGCUAGAUGGAGAAUUGAAACCUCUACCUUGUGUGUGUGUGGCUAGAAUAUUGUUGUUGUUGUUGUUGACUCAUUUAGUUGUGUCUGACUCUUCAUGACCCCAUGGACCAGAGCACGCCAGCCACUCCUGUCUUCCACUGCCUCCUGCAGUUUGGUCAAACUCAUGCUGGUAGCUUCGAGAACACUGUCCAACCAUCUCGUCCUCUGUUGUCCCCUUCUCCUUGUGCCCUCAAUCUUUCCCAACAUCAGGGUCUGAGUCUUCUCUUCUCAUGAGGUGGCCAAAGUCUUGGAGCCUCAGCUUCAGUAUCUGUCCUUCCAGUGAGCACUCAGGGCUGAUUUCCUUCAGAAUGGAUAGGUUUGAUCUUCUUGCAGUCCAUGGGACUCUCAAGAGUCUUCUCCAGCACCAUAAUCCAAAAAGCAUCAAUUCUUCAGCGAUCAGCCUUCUUUAUGGUCCAGCUCUCACUUAUAACCAACUACAAAGGCAAGAGUUGGAUCCAUUGCUCCGCCCAAUGUUGCUUCUGGCCUCCCCCCCCCCCAAAAAAAAGAUUUUCCAUGAGGGAAUAUGGCCUUCAGGCUGAAAAAGUUUCUUUGCUCAUGGAAUAUUGGGAAGUGUGUAGGACACCGAAGAAAAUGUGUUAUAACAACCAUGUGUAAGAAGGAGGCAGAAGUAGAUUCCACCAUGGCAUGUGAUGCUUAAGAUUGUUGCUUUGUGUUUAAACCUGACUCAGAAAAGCAGGGCUCUCACUGGGCAUCAUUAGUAAUGCUAAAGGGACCCCUGACCAUUAGGUCCAGUCGUGGCCGACUCUGGGGUUGCGGCGCUCAUCUCACUUUAUUGGCCAAGGAAGCCGGUGUACAGCUUCCAGGUCAUGUGGCCAGCAUGACUAAGCCGCUUCUGGCAAACCAGAGCAGCGCAUGGAAAUGCCGUUUACCUUCCCGCCAGAGCGGUACCUAUUUAUCUACUUGCACUUUGACGUGCUUUCGAACUGCUAGGUUGGCAGGAGCAGGGACCGAGCAACGGGAGCUCACCCUGUUGUGGGGAUUCGAACCACCGACCUUCUGAUCAGCAAGUUCUAGGCUCUGUGGUUUAACCCACAGCGCCACCCACGUCCCAGCUAGUAAUGCUAGAAAGAUAUUUAAAGAAAGGACCCUUCUUGGUGCUAAUCAAUCUGUACUAUGAGCACCAUGGCAAAUAUCACUUAUCUAUCUAAUGGGCUAAUGCCCGUAUAUAAUCAGUAUGGGAAGUUCUCAACAUUUUUUUAAACAACAACAAAAAAAAUCAGAGGAAAGAAUGUCCUGGGUAAUAAACUAGCAUUGCCUGAGCAUCAGUAACAUAGUGCUAGGAUGGAACUGAAUCUGGGUAUGUUUAUCUAAAGAGAAGUCAGCAGACUGCGCAAGUCUAGCAAUCAAGUCUGUGGCUGGGGGCAGCUGAGACACAGAAUAUGUUAAGUGUCAUUUUAAGAAAAGGACAACGGAGGAAAUUGAGGGCGUGAGGUUUUUUUAAAAAAUCACCCUAUGCUCCUCCACUUCCUAUAGAGAAAUAAAGUGCUUGCGCUGAGUGAAGGGUGAAAGCAAGCUCUGAUAGCAACACAUUUAACAUUUUAUUGAAUAGCACACAAAUAGUGGAAAGAAAAAAAUUCUCUCUGCAAGCCCCAAAUAGUACAGUAGUACAAAGCUUCUGUUCAAGGCUGUCUGGUGGCCUGAACAGGAGCGUUCUGUUGGGGCUUGGGAAUACCCUGCAAAAGGUUGUUGCAGGAGCUCACUUUUCCUGAAGAAUUUGUCAGCUGUCAUGGAAUUAAGUUCCAUGCAUUUGUAUCUGCACAUUUUGCAGCCGUUACAUGAAACCUGUUAGCAGUCUUCACUGAAGUUAUAUGUAGCUCGGUUUCAAUAGACUUGGGUAAGUUCUUUAAUGCCAGUGGCUAUUGAACUUUGCAGCUCAGACAAUCUCAACUGAAAAAUACUUGAUUGUCUAAAAUCCUUUACUUUGGAAAAUUCUUUGUGGAAUCUUUAGAUACAAACUGCAGUCAAAUGAUCAUUCAGAUCGUGGUUUGGAGCACCGAGAAGUAUGUGUGUGUGUGUGAGAGAGAGAGAGAGAGAAGAGAGAGAGAGCGUGCACCAGUUGGUUUCAUUGCACCCAAUGUACAGUGGUACCUCGGGUUAAGUACUUAAUUCAUUCUGGAGGUCCGUUCUUAACCUGAAACUGUUCUUAACCUGAAGCACCACUUUAGCUAAUGGGGCCUCCUGCUGCCGCUACGCCGCCGCUGCAUGAUUUCUGUUCUCAUCCUGAAGCAGAGUUCUUAACCCAAGGUACUAUUUCUGGGUUAGCGGAGUCUGUAACCUGAAGAGUAUGUAACCUGAAGCGUAUGUAACCUGAGGUACCACUGUAUUUACCAUUUUUUACUAUCUGAAAAGUGUUGCUGCUGUUGAAGCUUAUAAAUCAUAAUGAUUGGGAAUAAUAAAUAAAACAAUUGUUCACAUUAGAUUGUGUGUUUGUGUGUGUGUGUGUGUGUGUGUGUGUGUGUUUUGUUUUUACUGGAUUUUAUAAACAAACUUUUCAAGCACCGUUUGUAGCUCAUCCUCUCUUCAUUUUCAUCUCCUCCCUUUAGGUCCAGGGGAAGGAAAGGAAUGAGGGUACAAUAUUAAGGGUCUGCAUUUCAUUCCUAAUGUUUCAAACCAAACCAUGAUUCAGUCGAUUAUCUUUUUGUGUAGCCACAGUGUUUACAGCAUGAAAAUGAAAAAUGUUGGACAAGCAGAACCUAACAGGAUUCUUAAUAAUGAUGAUGAUGGUGAUGAUUAUAUCCCGCCCAUCUGGCUGGGUUUCCCCAGCCACUCUGGGUGGCUUCCAACAAGUAAUAAAACCCUAAUAAAACAUUACACAUUACAGUGGUACCUCGGGUUAAGAAAUUAAUUCGUUCCGAAGGUCCAUUCUUAACCUGAAACUGUUCUGAACCUGAGGUCCCACUUUAGCUAAUGGGGCUCGCCUCUGCGCCACCGCUGCACAAUUUCUGUUCUCAUCCUGAGGUAAAGUCCUUAACCUGAGGUACUAUUUCUGGGUUAGCAGAGUCUGUAACCUGAAGUGUCUGUAACCUGAAGUGUCUGUAACCGAGGUACCACUGUAAACGGUUUCCCUAUACAGAACUGCCUUCAGAUGUCUCCUUGACAUCUGAUGGGAGGGUGUUUCAUAGGCAGGGUGCCACUACCAAGAAGGCCCUCUGCCUGGUUCCCUGUAACUUUGCUUCUCAAAGUGAGGGAACCACCAGAAGACCCUUGGAGGAGGAACAAUGGGGGUGGAGACUCUCCUUCAGGUAUACUGGGCCGAGGCCAUUUAAGGCUUUAAAGAUCAGCACCAACGCUUUGAAUUGUGCUUGGAAACGUAUUGGGAGCCAGUGAAGAUCCUUUAGGACCGGUGUUAUAUGAUCCCAGGAGCAGUCACCAGUCUAGCUGCCGCAUUCUGGAUUAGUUGUAGUUUCCAAGUCACCUUCAAAGGUAGCCCCACAUAGAGUGCAUUGUAGUAGUCCAAGUGGGAGAUAACCAGGGCAUGCACCACUCUGGUGAGACAGUCUGCGGGCAGGUAGGGUCUCAGCCUGUGUACCAGAUGGAGCUGGUAAACAUCUGACCUGGACACAGAAUCGACCUGUGCCUCCAUGGACAGCUGUGAGCCCAAACUGACUCCCAGGCUGUGCACCUGGUCUUUCAGGGGCACAGUUACCUCACCCAGGACCAGGGAAUCCCCCAUACCUGCCCACCCUCUGUCCUCCAAGAACAUUACUUCUGUCUUGUCAGGACUCAAUCUCAAUCUGUUAGCCACCAUCCAUCUGCCAACCGCAUCCAGACACUCACACAGGACAUUCAUCGCCUUCACUGGUUCUGAUUUGAAGGAGAGGUAGAGUUGGGUAUCAGCUCCAUACUGGUGGGCUCUCCCAGCGGCUUCAUGUAGAUGUUAAAAAGCAUGGGGGAGAGGACGGAGCCCUGAGGCACCCCACAAGUGAGAGACCCGGGGUCCGAACACUCAUCCCCCAACACCACUUUCUGGACAUGGCGCAGGAGAAAGGAGCGAAACCGCUGCAUAACUUUGCUCCCAGCUCCUCUAGACGUUCCAGAAGGAGGCCAUCAGAACAUAUAGAGUUCAGCCCCUCUGUAGCUCAAAGAAGCAAAACCCAUUUCAAUACCCAGGAUUUUUCAGUUGGCCAAAACGAAAACACAAACUUUACUCGCAUAUAAAUAUCUAAAAAUUUUCAUAAAUAUAGCUGUGCCAAAUAUGAGCUGAGGUGCAGUGGCUGCAGCACAAAAUAGAAGGGAUAGUCUGUUUCCUACACUGAUGCUGGUACACCCACCACCCAAUUCUGCAAUAUGCUUUGCAAUUGCAAAUUUGUAUACAGAAAGCCUGCAACUUACGCAUAUUUAGCUCUAUGCACUUAGCAAAAAAAAAAAGAGAGAGAGAAAGAGAAAGAGGGCGUGCGUCCCAGGAGGAAAAGGACUUUGGCAGUCCUGUGUUUUGACUAUACAGUAUGUGGAUUAGGCUUUAGGCGCACUCCCCAGAAUGUAAACCCAGCGUAAGUUGGGGCAUACUGUACUUGGGAUCUCAAAACACUUAAGAUCCUUUGCAGUUACAGCUUUGUUUUAACUGGAGUUUUAGCACAUUAAAGGUUUUCUGAAAUCUAACUUUAAAAUGCAUCUUUUAAGGAUUUCUGAAAUCUAUGUAGGUUUUCUCCUUGUGUGAAAUAAUGUAUUGCUGUGUAUGUUGGAUGAAAAUGGCUGUUGGAAGUAGCACUUGGUCUUUUUAUGCACAACUUUCUUGUUUUAUGUUUAAAAAAUGGUAUUUCAUUUUGUUUUAGUUUGGGGUGUUUUUUGGUAAAUGAUUAUUCACACAGGUUUGUCGCGUUAAUCCAUCUAGUAAUUUCAUUUGACUUUUCUAAGGUUCUAAAACAUGUUUUCUGUCUUCUAGGCCCAAAUGUCAGCAUGAUUGAGAACUGACUCAGACUUUACUUAAACAUCUGAUACGUGAAAGGAAGGGGUUUAACAGACCACUAACCAUGGCAGACCCUUCAGCCGAAGUUCCCUUUUCUGUGAUCACACAACCACAGCUAAUUGAGGUAAGCAGAAACAGUUACAAGAUUUUUACUAAGCUCUGCUGCUAAAUUUUUAUGCCUGUGCAAUUGUCAAGCUUACAUUUCUAAGCUCUCAUGUAAAACAAUAAUGUACCAUACUAAAUGGCAAGAGUUGACAGUUGGUCAGCUGAAAAGGACCCCAAGCUGUGACAUAUUUUAAGCUUUUUCUAGCUACCACCGCUGGUAGGGUUUCAGAAGUGUUUUGGGGGGGUGGGGACUUAACUUAAUUCAGCCAACAUUUUGCAAAUGUAGUAUAGGUAAGACCAUAUCUGGUUUUGCAGUACAAGAGGUACCAAUUGGCUAGAAGCCAACACAGAUACAGCUUUGUGAAAUGUCUAUAUCCAUUCUUAAAGGACAAAAUGAGGGAAGCCUUUCUCAGAUGAUUUUGAAAUAAAACAUAUAUCCAAGACGUUGAUAAACUGUCACUGUAAAAUGUACAGUUGAUAAACUGUAAACUGAUAAAGAUGUUCGUGAAAUUCUGUAAUGUGUAGACAGUGCAUGUUAUUGCUAAGGAGUAGUGUAUCCUGAGAAGUAAUCCUCUGACAGCAUUUUUUCACUUUUGGUAUGCCUGUUACAGAAUAUGCUUGUCAGCAGAGUAAUUGCACUUUAUAUUCAUUCCCGUCAAACCCCCACCCCCCCACCCCCAAAUGAUUAACCUUCCAAAGUUACAUGAAGAUGAAUUGUAGUGGCUUAAGAUAAGAUGGAAAAUAUGUGAAAAGCAAACAAAUUGAAACAACUAGGGCAGCCUCCAAAAGCAAUGCUUUAUAGAAUGCCAAGUAUUUUCCCCUUCAUGAUGUAGGAUAGUUAGCACGUAAUGCAUACAUUGAACACUAAGGCUAUAAUGAAAUUGUGGUCUGCUUGCCUGACCUGACCUCAGUGGGUCACUGAUAGAAAACCCAUUUUUUCCAAGGCCUCAGAUUUCUGUUUACUUAGUUGUAUAUGCUGUUUACAUAUUUUUUUCCCCUGGGAAGGUUCAUCAAAGCAAGUAAACCUUAGUUGAAUGUCAUCUAUGUUUGCUAUGUCUAGUAUACUGCCAGGAUUUUUAUUUUUUUUUAAGUAAAAAGUUGAGUGGUAUGAUCAUGCCCCCUAAAACCUUCUGUCCAAAGGAAAUAUAACUUAAUGGGGUUUGGAUAAUGACUUUACUUACUUUUUCUGCCAUUCCAUGAGUUCCACAAGUUGAUUGUUCAUUACCAUCUGAGUGUUAUGGCAUUUCAUACUGAGGAGUGUAUGUCUAUAAAAACCAGGCAGCAUUGAAAAACCCACUUGCACAUCACUUUAUACCAUAAUUUAAAAUAAGUUGUUCCACCCCUACUCCUGGUGUACCAGAGGAAACAAACUACAAGACGGCCUUCUCAUUAUUUGUGGUUUGUUUCUCUGAAGUUGAAGAAGAGCAAAUGUUUGUGUUUCAAGGACCCGAUCCCCGCAUAAUGGAAUGAAAACACAAGGACACGUGAUAUACGGUUAAUGGGCAAGAAAAGGCCACAACUUUAUUGAUUACAGCAAGUAAAAAGGUAUUGGCUUAGGCAUUGGAUUACGUCAGCUGACUCCAGCCCCUCAGAGAGGGGUGAGUCUCAAACAGGGGGGUUUAUUCACCAGUUGGUGGAGCCUGUUGAUGCUAAUCCAACUAUAAGCUUUCCCCUGAUGUCACCGAGGGUCGUGCCACGGCCUCCCGCCACGCAGGCAUCGGACAGAAUACACGACCGCCAGAUUCCAUUAACGGAAUACCCAAAAAUUGAAGGCGCAGGCGAUGGCCACACCUAGCCCUUUGACACACCACAACACAUUAUUCCAAUGCCUAACCUACCCACCAAUACCACAAAAGUUGUGACGAUUGCUAUGAGGUAGGUGAAAAAACCAAAAAGCCUAAUGCCAAAUGGAAAACGUCCUACCAGGCCCCCCGGACAACCAGGGCGACCAACCUAAGGUCCAUAGCAAGGCCAAAAGAAAAACUGAGACCCUGGGCUCUAAGGGAGUGGAGGGUGGGUGACUCGCGAUGGGACGACGAAAAGUGAGGCCGGAAGUCUGGCGCCACAGCAAUUUAGGCUGCUAAACACCCCCCUCGCAGGCACCUGGUUGGGUGCCUGGCCGUGGGCCCCAGCCUGGUGAGUGGGAGGCAGGGGGGCUAACGCCCCCUGCUUGAGGCGGAGUCCGGCUCCCGACCACAACCACUCCCCUUUCUUGCAGGAGGAGAGUCUUUAAAAUAAACUGUGAUUUCCAAGCACAAUUCAAAGUGGUGGUGUUGACCUUUAAAGCCGUAAAUGGCCUUGGUCCAGUAUACCUGAAGGAGCAUCUCCACCCCCAUUGUUCUGCCCGGACGCUGAGGUCCAGCACCGAGGGCCUUCUGGUGGUUCCCUCGCUGCGAGAAGCAAAGCUACAGGGAACCAGGCAGAGGGCCUUCUCGGUGGUGGUGCCCGUCCUGUGGAACGCCCUCCCAUCAGAUGUCAAAGAGAUAAAAAAACUACCUGACAUUUAGAAGACAUCUGAAGGCAGCCCUGUUCAGGGAAGUUUUUAAUGUGUGGCAUAUUAAUGUAUUUUUAAUCUUUGCCUGGUUCCCUGUAGAGAUUCCAUACAUAAUUUUUGUUGGAAGCCGUCCAGAGUGGCUGGGGAAACUCAGCCAGAUGGGUGGGGUACAAAUAAGUUGUUGUUGUUGUUGUUGUUGUUGUUGUUGUUGUUGUUGUUGUUGUUGUUAUACCUCCCCCAAUUGCUGUUCUGGAGGUUCUUCCGGUUCCCCACCCCCCUACAAGCCAGUUGUGUGGGGCAUGGACUUCUCUCUUGCUGUUUGCUGAACAAUUCACAGAAUAAUAGUUAGCAUGUUUUAUUACAUAGUUGGAGACUGUGAGUUUGAGAAUGCUAACCACAUUUAAAAAUCAUAGCCUGAUUGAUUAUGUAAGGCCUGAAUAGGCAGUGCAUUUUUUUUUCUGGUUUGAAGCAGCGUGACAGGGCUGUCCCGCCUCUAAGGGAAUGAGACCCAUGCUUGGCUUUCUGACACCACAGCAGAAAAGGAAGUGUGGUAGGAGGGAGGGCAAGAGGUGGAGUAACCCAGAUGAGCACAGUAGGGUUUCUGCUGAUUACAUAAAUUCUUUGGGAGUGUGUGUCGUGUGGGUCAUAACUGUCUUGGCCACCACUAUUUUUGUAUGCUGCCCCUGGAUUCAGCUUAACACAAUGUCAGCCCUGAUGAAAGAGUGUGCUAUGUUAUUUGUAUAAAUGACAGUGAUAAAAUACUGGAAGUAGCCCUUAGGGAAUGUGGCACUUUGAGUUUAGGCUAUUCCUUCACUCUUUCUCAAGAAAAAAGCCAUUUGAGGGUUAAGGACAAUAUGACUUCCUUGUGUAUAUUCUAUUUCUCUCUCUCUCAAGCUAUUUUCAUUUUGUUGUUCCUUUGUAGUAAUUUUACAAUGAAUAAAUAGUAAGGAAGGUCAACACCCUAUUUGGUUUUUUCCUGGCAGUCUGUGGAGGUUUGUAAUCAUAGCUUCCAACAGGGUCUCUUAUGGUUUGUAAUCAUAGCUUCCAAAGAGGUCUCUGACCUCCUUGACACACAGUUGUUUCCACAGACUCCCAGUUGCUAAAAAUCCCUUUUUGGUAAUGCACACUUUGGACAAGCUCCUCUGUCACACACAACUGUCCAGCUCGUAUGACUUUCUUCGACAGUUGCUGCAUAUUAUAUACUCAGGUUUCAAACUAAAAUGCAAAUAGGAGAAAAUAGAUGAUGGGAUUUUCUUGAACUUUUCCUUUCGUCCUUGAUGAUAGGAACAAUAAUAUUCUGCUUUCUAAAAUACUUGCAAGGAGGUGCAAGACAAGAUUCAAACACCAAGAUGCUGAAACCAGAACUUCCUUCAAAGGCUAAUAGUUGGUUUGCUUUUUAUAAAACAAGUAAACAGAAUCAAGAAGAUGGUGUCUUAAAAUGCCUUCUGCUUGGAGUUCAAAUCUGUGGCCAUAUUUUACAUAAUACUUUAGUUGGAAGGACUGUUUGCUUGCAGUUGUUGACUGCUUUGGAAUAGUAGCUGGCUGGAUCAAUGACUGAAGGAUAAUGGAAUCUUAUUUGGCAUACUGUUAUUUUCUUAAAAUAAAUUACAGUUUGUGUAUCUUAUAUUUUAUUGAAUAGACUGUAUUUAGAGUUUGCUUAUUUUUAAAUUCCUUUCACAAAGAAGAAAAAGUCCCUAUCUCACAAUUUUCAAGGUUUAAAAAUAUAUUUCUACUGAACAUGCAACAAUUUCAUCAAAAGAUGUUCCUUAGCUUUGUAUGGGAGAAGCUACCCCACAUAAACUGGAAUGAUAUAUAUUUAAAUUGUCAGGACACUUUUUGUUUUCCUCACAUUAAUUCUGAGGGUGCUAUGUAACUGAACUACUUUAUUCAUUCAUUGCUAUCCUUUUGUACCAUACAUGCCUAAAGGAAUGUUUGGUUCUUUAUCUUUUUUAUGUUUCCCCUCCUUUGAUUUUGUUGUUGCUUUCCUUGUUUUGAACCUAUAGAAAAAUACAAUAAAACUGUUUAUUAACAAAAGUUUUAACGCUUGUAGCGCAGUGAUAGUUAAUGCAGUACUGGUGUGAAACCUAAUUACCGUAUUUUUCGCGCUAUAAGGCACACUUUCCCCCUCCUAAAAAGUAAGGGGAAAUCUGUGUGCGUCUUAUGGAGCAAAUGCAGGCAAGAGGCUCUGCUCAGCGUUCCCUGUAAAGAGCUGCGUGGAGCGUGUGUGCGGCUCUUGGGGGCUUUUCCCCGAGGAGGGAGAAGGGCUGCCCUUCUCCCUCCUAGGGGAAAAGCCCCCAAAAGCCGCACACACACUUUGUGUGCUCUUUAAAGGGAGCGCGGCACUUGAGGGAGCCUUCCUCCCACUGCCCGGGAGAGGCUGUGCGCAGCUAUCCCAUAAACCAGAACAGCCAGACGUUAUCCCAGAAGCCAGAUCCCUCUUGCUUCUGGGAUUCAGAAUAUUUUUUUUCUUGUUUUCCUCCUCCAAAAACUAGGUGCAUCUUAUGGUCUGGUGCAUCUUAUAGAGCAAAAAAUACGGUAGCUGAAUUUUCUCUUCCGGUGGCUUGUAAUUCUUACGCAAUCUAUUUGACCACUAACUAGACAGCAAGGUGGGAAAUUAAUUAAGCUUGAAAAGCUUUUAUCUGUUACAUAUUUUUUUACCCAUAGAGGUAACUUUUGUUCAAUACUACACUUUACUAUUAAAGAUGGGCAAGCUCCCUCUCCCUCAUGUCAGUUUAGCUCAGAAAUGAAUUGAGCUACAAUAUUUCCAAAACAAGUCCCAAGCCAACCCAGUCUUGUCAUGCCCUGGACUGCCCUUCUCGUUAAGGAUAACUGGCCAAGUUUAGUGGCACUGGAAGCAGCAGCACAUGGGGGGAGAGAAUUAGAGGAAUCUAUCCCUCCAGGACAAGAUUAAAGUCUCUUGGGCAUAUGAGCUACAUCUCCUGCAGUUUCUCCCAAGGUCCACCUUGUCCACCAGGUCUUUUGUCCUGCACAUAGUUAUGUGGCACAAACCUCCCCACAUCUCUCCCCCCUUGCCCCACCACUUCUCUCACCUUCAGCAGCCUGGUAAGUUAUCUUUAAAGUGGAGGGAGGAAGGUGGGUUGGGAAUUGCAUGGACUGGUGUGGAGGGUAGGCAUGGAACUGGGAAUUCUUCUCUGGCUCAGAUUAUAACUUGGGGCUUGGGAAUGUGUUGAGUUUUUCCCCUUUUUCUUUUUUGGAGGCAAGGCGUUGUUUCCAGACCUGAGCCCAGACAUCCCUAUUCAAUGCAUAUACUUCUUGUGGAAAUAUAUUAAUAGUAUCUCGAACAAAAUUGGUAAAUUUGAAAUGGAUACCAGUGACUACAGAGCUGACAUAUACUAUACCACCUGUUAAAUUAGACAGAUUCAGCUCCACCAACAUGUCAUUUUCCAUACGUUCUUUUUUUUAUAACCAUAGUUUUAAAGCUUUUGUUUUGUUCUUUGAUUUUUAUUGCCUGGUGUUGUGGUCUUUAGUUUUCUAGCACUGCAGUACUUCCAUAUCCUAACUUCUAAUUCUGCUCUGUCUUCUUCUUUUCAGUCUACAGUGAUGAGCGAACCCCAGUGCUACUACAACGAAACCAUUGCCUUCUUUUACAACAGAAGUGGGAAGUACCUAGCCACUGAAUGGAACACUGUGAGCAAGCUUGUGAUGGGACUCGGGAUUACAGUAUGUGUCUUCAUCAUGCUAGCCAACCUCUUAGUUAUGGUGGCCAUCUACGUCAACAGGCGUUUUCACUUUCCUAUUUAUUACCUAAUGGCUAACUUAGCUGCUGCGGACUUCUUUGCAGGGCUGGCGUAUUUUUACCUAAUGUUUAACACAGGACCCAACACUAGAAGACUGACUGUAAGCACCUGGCUCCUUCGCCAGGGUCUCAUUGACACUAGCCUGACAGCCUCUGUUGCCAACUUGCUGGCUAUCGCCAUUGAGAGGCACAUCACAGUGUUCCGCAUGCAGCUACAUACCCGGAUGAGUAAUCGGCGCGUGGUGGUGGUAAUUGUUGUCAUUUGGACUAUGGCUAUUGUCAUGGGCGCCAUACCAAGCGUGGGCUGGAAUUGCAUCUGUGACCUCGCCCACUGUUCCAACAUGGCACCACUCUAUAGUGACUCUUACUUGGUCUUCUGGGCUAUUUUCAACCUGGUCACCUUUGUAGUCAUGGUGGUCUUGUAUGCUCAUAUCUUUGGGUACGUGCGCCAGAGGACUAUGAGAAUGUCUAGGCAUAGUUCUGGACCACGUAGGAAUCGGGAUACCAUGAUGAGUCUUCUGAAGACUGUGGUCAUUGUGCUUGGUGAGUAUGUUUGGCAGAUUUUCUUUUCUCACAGCCAUCCCAAAUGGGACACCAUUCAAUCCUUGCUGGGAAGGUGGAGGACUCAUUCCCCGCCAAUACUCUUGUUGCAUUGCAUUUCAAGAAAAUGCUGCGUGUUAAAAGUAUUUCAUGAUGUAAAAUACACAUUUCAGUUGUGCCUUGUUCUGUGACUGUUUACUUCUAAGUCUUCCAAGUCAUAGACUGCUGGGAUGAAUGACUUGCUCAGUUUGCAUUCCUAUUUUUAUAAGAUCAUUUUCACCAACACUUAACACCAGCGUUCUAAAUUGUACAAGUUACAGAGUUAACUUCCCUCCGUCCUGCACCCCAGCUGUAUCCAGCAUUUAUCAUGCAGGUGGAAGUGCCGCUGCAAUCGUGGAAGGCCUUCCACAUGAGCUCCAGCUAUUGAUGCUAAUAUAGUAUAGUGGUACCUCGGGUUACAGACGCUUCAGGUUACAGACUCCGCUAACCCAGAAAUAGUACCUCGGGUAAAGAACUUUGCUUCAGGAUGAGAACAGAAAUCGUGCUUUGGCGGCGUGGCAGCAGCAGGAGGCCCCAUUAGCUAAAGUGGUGCUUCAGGUUAAGAACAGUUUCAGGUUAAGAACGGACCUCCAGAACGAAUUAAGUUCUUAACCUGAGGUACCACUGUACUGUGGAAAGGAGGCUCACUGCAUUGACUUCCUCCUUGCUCAUUGGAAGGUACACUUAACUUUUAAGGCAUAAGAAAGGCCAUUUCAUGUUUUUUAUUUAUUUAUUUAUUUAUUUAUUUAUUUAUUUAUUAUUAUUAAUACCCCAGCCACUCUGGGCGGCUUCCAACCAAAUAUUAAAAAACAAUAGUCUGUUAAACAUUAAAAGCUUCCCUAAACAGGGCUGCCUUCAGAUGUCUUUUAAAAGUCUGGUAGUUGUUUUUCUCUUUGACAUCUGGUGGGAGGAGGGCGUUCCACAAGGCGGGUGCCACUACCGAGAAGGCCCUCUGCCUGGUUCCUUGUAACUUGGCUUCUUGCAGCGAGGGAACCACCAGAAGGCCCUCGGCACUGGUAUGGUAUACAACAAAAUAACUAUCUGCAGAUAUUAUAUUAGGGUCUUUUUGUUUGAUAGUUAAUGCCUAGCAUGUGCAGUUUAGCAUGUCUUGGCACCAGAUGGUUUGCUGGCUAUUAUUCAGCAUCCUUUUGUUCUGUUGGUUCAGUAUGAAGAUAACUACAUUCUGAAAGCUGGAUGUACAUUCAGGCAGUUAAUAGGAGUGAAAUGCUCAUUUUCCCCUGCUGAAAAUAUAACAAAGGCUUUGCAUGUUAAUGUUAGUCAUACCCGACUAAGCCUCACUAAGUAACAGUGAUGAUUCUUACAUUGUUUUGAUAGUAAUUGUUAGGACCGGAGCCAGCACGUGCUGUGGCUUUCAAAAUAUUUAAACACACACAUAGCUCUCAGCAGCAUCAGCCCUCAUUUUACAGUCUCUCUCCAGUGUUUACAUGCACAGGGAUGUGAAUUUAAUCAUGGUCCAUUAUCCUUUACUAAUUAUUGUCUGUGGGACUGAGAUGUACUUCUGUUUAUGAAGCUGUUAACAAUAACUUUGCUAGCUAUAGAAAAGAAGAUUAUCCCUCUUUUCCCCUUAACAUAUCUGCAAGCAAUACUGUAAGAAAUACAGGAAACUUAGGCAGCUGUUUGAACGUGUUAUGCUAAAAAUCUUGGAAGUUAAAACUAAAGAAGAGGAUUUUCAGGAACUGGUGUUUGACUAUGAGUGAAAACUAAUUUCAAGGAGAGAUACUAAGUUGACAUCGCCUUUGGCAUAGAAAGACAGGACAUAAAUAUCAACACAAAUGGGGAAAAUUUAAUUCCACUUAUUAAGGUGUAAGGCCUGUUGUUUUGAGUUGGAUUAACUUCUGAGUAAACAAGUUCGGAAUUGUGCUGCACUUAGAAGUACUGCUUACUUCUAAGCAGUAGCGGAUAGCAUGGUGCAGCCACAACACUCACCUGAUCCCUCAUCAGUUGCAUCACCGCCACUUACCUGAAGGUGGAGGUGCAGGGGCAAGGCCAACACUGCAAAUACACCAACAGAGCCAGUCUGGCACUCUUGCACCUCACCACCCCCUUGCCCCUCUACCUCCUAGAAAGCAGAAGUGACACAGACAACCUGGGGUCAGGUGAGUGCUACCACCCGGUCGCUAUCUAAAGCCCCAUCUGCACCAUGCGCUUAAAGCAGUAUUAUACCAAUUUCAGCAGUCAUUACAUAGCGCAGAUGGACCUAAAUAAGCAUGUUUAAGACUGCACUACACAAACACGGGUGGCGUGUUUAAACAGCGUGUGGCGCUGUGGGUUAAACCACAGAGCCUAGGACUUGCCGAUCAGACGGCCGGCGGUUCGAAUCCCCACGACGGGGUGAGCUCCCGUUGCUCAGUCCCUGCUCCUGCCAACCUAGCAGUUUGAAAGCACGUCAAAGUGCAAGUAGAAAAAUAGGUACCACUGUGGCGGGAAGGUAAACGGCGUUUCUGUGCACUGCUCUGGUUCGCCAGAAGCAGCUUAGUCAUGCUGGCCACAUGACCUGGAAGCUGUACACCGGCUCCCUCGGCCAAUAAAGCGAGAUGAGCGCCACAACCCCAGAGUCGGUCACGACUGGACCUAAUGGUCAGGGGUCCCUUUACCUUUUACACAAACACCAUGGGAUGCCAAGUGCAAAUGUUGUUUUGAUGGCUUACAAGAAGAGGUUGCCUGGUUUUUCAGAGGUGAUAAUUACUUUUAAAUAUAUAAGAUAAAAACAUUACCGUAUUGGCCCAAAUAUAAGCCGUACCCGCAAAUAAGUCGCACCUUUUAAAUUGAAGGGGGGAGAGAAAAAAUACAGUAUCUGUGCUACUUCCUUCCUCCUUCUUUCCAACGGCUUAGAGAAAGCUUGGGAGCGGUGGGCGGACUGUGUGCCAUUGCCCCACUGUCCCAGGCUGCUCUCUGGGGAGGGCGAGCCACGCCGCUUUGCCGGUGCCAUAAGGUCAUGAAUAUAAGCCGCUUUAAAACUUUUCACUGUUGGAAUUUUGGAAAAUAGCGUGGGUUAUAUUCAGGCCAAUAUGGUAGUUUUCUUUAAUAAGGAGAAGAAAGAAAUGUGUUUGAUGGUUUCCUGAGACCAUAUUUUUAGAAUUCUACGAAAGCUUAAGCAAUUUUAUAAUUAAAAACUUGUAAACACUUCUACAGAGUUCUGAACACAUUGAGAAUAAAUAUCUACUGAGAUCUGUCACAUCAUAUCUGAAUACAGUGGUACCUCGGGUUACAUACGCUUCAGGUUACACACUCCGCUAACCCAGAAAUAGUGCUUCAGAACUUUGCUUCAGGAUAGGAACAGAAAUCAUGCUCCGGCGGCGCGGCAGCAGCAGGAGGCCCCAUUAGCUAAAGUGGUGCUUCACGUUAAGAACAGUUUCAGGUUAAGUAUGGACCUCCGGAACGAAUUAAGUACUUAACCCGAGGUACCACUGUAUAGCACUGUUUAUUAUUAGGUUUAUAUUCUUUACCUUUCUUCCAAUGAACUGAAGGUGCUGUAUGUGGUUUUCCCAUUUUAUCUUCACAGACCUGUGAGAUAGGUUAGACCAGGGGUCAGCAAACUUCUUCAGCAGGGGGCUGGUCCACUGCCCCUCAGACCUUGUGGAGGGCCGGAAUAUAUUUCUUUUGUGGGGGGAAUGAACUAAUUCCUAUGCCACACAAAUAACCCAGAGAUGCAUUUUAAAUAAAAGGACACAUUCUACUCAAGCGAAAACACGCUGAUUCCCAGACCAUCCGUGGGCCGGAUUUAGAAGGCGAUUGAGCCAGAUCUGGCCCCCAGGCCUUAGUUUGCCUACCCAUGGGUUAGACUGAGAGACUAUAACUAGCCCUGUGAGUUUUAUGGCUGCUUGGGAAUUUUAACUAGGCUUCCUCAGUCCUAGUCUGAAACUGGACUCUAAGCACCACAUUCUACUGGCUACCCAAUAUCUGCCUGUCAACCAAAAGCUGUAGUUUUUGUUCAGACAAUUAACAAAUUUGAAUAGUACCCCAAGUAUACAUUAUUUUUCAGUGUCAGAAGCAUGGCUGUAUGGUGUUCAUCACCAGUUUAGUAGGCUUCAGGGAAGUGGGAGCAUAAUACUUUCUGUUUGGACUUUCAGAUUUAGGCUUCCAUAACUUAUCAAGCCCUUUGGUUCUUCCAAACUGAAAUGUUUUAAUGGAGUUCCUGAGUAGAAGGUCAACCUGCCAAUUAUCCCUCAUUUUUAAAGAGCUGCCAUCACUGAAAGAGCAAAUGAGUGGAAAAUUCUGCAUUCUACCUCAGGCAUUUCUUUCUGUACAGCAUGAAUGGCAAUGUUAGUGAUCUGUCUCUGCCAAGACUGUAUUUCCUAGUUUUGGAAAAGCUAAAUAGGCCUAAUAUAUGCUCUCAGACAUGCGUGUGGAAAAGAUUACUGAAUGUUUAUCCGCAUGUUGCAUGGAUUUUUCCAAAUAAACUUUUGGCUUUAUGCAUCAGUAAACCUUGUAUACAAUACUGUGUGGAGAGAGAGAGAAGUACUCUGGCUUCUCCAUUGCCCCAGCACCUGGUUGUUGCAUCUGUUAUCUGAGACAAAAUGAAGGCUCUUGCUGCGAAGGAGGAAAGGGGGAAAAUAAAUAUUUGUGUUCUUUUAAAGGAAAAGUCCCCGCAGCUAGCUUUUAAACAAAGUUUGAGCUGCCUUAACUCUUUUUAUAUUGGGAGAAUUAGGUAGACACCAAAUCCGAUUACUGGAUAAAUGGCGUUUUAAUGUCUGUUGCAUGAAUGUGUGGCAAAGAAUGCCUUAGAGUCGUGGCCUGCAUGUGACAGAAUGAAGAAGUGUGUGAGUUCUCCCUUCACGCAGCUAGGAACGUAAUCGGGAGAUGCGGCAAGUCAUUCAGCCAUCGCAAUAGUUUUUGAAUAUUGAAAGAGGAGGCGUCCUAACGACAAUCGAAAUAUGAUCUUCACUUGCAUGUAUAGAAUAUGGCGGCUCUUCAAAAAGGAAGCUGCACUCAUGUCAUGGAGAUGUGCUUUUGUGCAAUGAGUUUAAGAUCAGAGGUUAAGUGCUUUCGUUUUUGAAGAGCCUGUGAAUCCAUUUAAACCCACAUUGUAUACAGGCAACUUCUCUUUCUUUCUCUCUGAAGUAAUUCCCUUUUUAGUAUAGUUGGGGGGGGGGGCUCGGAUCUUUCCAUUGAACAGAAAAGCGUUUUCAUCCAUCCCCUCUGUACUCAUAGAAGGGCCAAACAAGAGAAUCUUGUUUAUCUGCCCAGUAAAUGCCUAACAUUGUGCCUGCCAUCUCUUUUACAGCCUUGCUUUGCUCCAAUAGGAUGGUUUCCCUUCUCCAGAUGGGGGGGGGGGGAAUCUGCUCCUGGUAGCAUGAGUGAUGUGGGAUCCAAUCGAGUUUCACAAGAGGGUUCAUUGUUUUGACUUAUGACUAAGAUGACUUGAGCCUCUUGCUGGAGCAGUCGGGAGCUGGCACACUGCAUCAUCCCACAGAAUUGCUGAAAUGUUUAAUCUUGGGGCAAAGUCAAAACAGAAGAGAUGCCCCCCUCCCCAUUCAUGCUCUUUUUGUGUUUUCCCCCCUCGGAGUAAAAUAUUUUAAACAGAAGGAAAUGAUUUCAUAGUUUGAGCUCUUUUCUCUUUUUAACAAGGCUGCUUUUGAAAUAGUUAAAGUAAUGGAGAACAUAAAACUCCUUCUCCAUAGCGUGCCUCUUUGCUCUGGGGCUUACAUAGAAAUUGAUUUAUAUAGCAUACAUAGGCAUGGAAAUGGACCUUGGUCAGGCACUGAUUCAAAGCCUAAGAGAAAAGUUUUAAAUUUGAAAUGUGCUUUAGAAAAGAGAGCUUACGGGAACAUGGUUGGUGCAGUCUACUUGUGCUUCAAGCAGAUUGAAAUACUAGGCAUCCUUUCCUGGAUCCAAGGCCCUCUGAGUAAAUAUGUCCAGGAUUCAGGUGUUAGAAGACUAUUUUUUUUUUAGUUUUAUGGAAUUUCCAAGACAAAUAGUACAUUAGCUGGCAGCCCAGGAGCCACUUAAACACAGCUCUGUCUCAUGCCACUAACGGGGCAUGGAGGAAAUUUGCAGUGGACUGGCCACAUCACACAUUUCAAAAACUUUGGAGCAGUUGUCAUUGGGAAGGCAUUUUCUGAGGUACCCCUGUAACAAACAUUUUCACCUGGUUUGCACAUCGUACUAAACCAUGGUUUAUUAAACUGGCUUAGCAUUAUGUGCCAACCAUGCCCACAUACUUGUGGUUGUUUAGUCGUUUAGUCGUGUCCGACUCUUCGUGACCCCAUGGACCAGAGCACACCAGGCACACCUGUCAUCCACUGCCUCCUGCAGUUUGGUCAAACUCAUGCUGGUAGCUUCGAGAACACUGCCCAACCAUCUCAUCCUCUGUUGUCCCCUUCUCCUUGUGCCCUCCAUCUUUCCCAACAUCAGGGUCUUUUCCAGGGAGUCUUCUCUUCUCAUGAGGUGGCCAAAGUACUGGAGCCUCAGCUUCAGGAUCUGUCCUUCCAGUGAGCACUCAGGGCUGAUUUGCUUAAGAAUGGAUAGGUUUGAUCUUCUUGCAGUCCAUGGGACUCUCGUCUCCUCCAGCACUAUAAUUCAAAAGUAUCAGUUCUUCGGCGAUCGGCCUUCUUUAUGGUCCAGCUCUCACUUCCCACAUACUUAACUUUGUAAUAAAUCUAGAUGCCAACUUUGCUGCCACAUACACCCGGACAACAUCAUUAUUGGCCCCAGUAACAUCAUAGAAUCAUAGAAUCUCAGGCCUAUUUAAGUGUUCAUCUUCCAACAUUAUAUAUGCUAUCAAAUGCCAACAGUGCCCUUCAGCUCUCUAUAUUGGACAAACAGGACAAACCUUACGCCAAAGAAUAAAUGGACAUAAAUCUGACAUCAGGAAUCAUAAAACAGAAAAACCAAUAGGAGAACACGUCAGUCUCCCAGGACAUUCUAUACAAGAUCUUAAAGUAGCUGUCUUAUUGCAAAAUAAUUUUAGAAAUACACUUGAAAGAGAAGUUGCUGAAUUACAACUCAUUACCAAGCUAAAAACUAUGGAGAGACCUGGUCUGAAUAGAGAGAUUGGAUUCAUGUCCCAUUGUACAUGCUAAAGCUAAUUUUGAUCAUCUUUCCCUUUAAAAAUCCCUUGCCCUUCCCUGUGGAACCAACUGCCAUCAUUAACAGUCACCAACAGUUAUAAGGUUAUAGUGACCUCUCCUUCAGAGAAUCUGAAGAAGUGUGUAUACACAAGAAAGCUCACACUGAGAAAGUUUAUACUUAGUUGGUCUUUAAGGUGCUACUGGAACAUCUUUCAAUAAUUUUUUAAAAAAUCUUACAUCAUUGUUAUUUAUUACGACAGACCAACACAGCUACCUACCUUUGGUUUCUCUACUGCCAAUAAACCAUGAUCUGAAGCCAUAGCUUCUUACAAACUGUGGUUUGUUUUAAGUAUGGCUUGGCAUUAUGCUUGAUCAAACCCAUCCACAUUUCUUUAACCAUAGUUUGUUUGACCACCACACCCCAGAAGUUCGCGAAACUAUAAGGUGUAAGAGCAGAUAGACGGCAGAUCAAGCUUUGAAGAGACAGGCUAUGGUUUGUUUGAUCAUCUGGAGGCUAGCCUGUGGUUUGUUAAACAAUCAUGGCUUAAUGUUAUGUGAAAACUAGGCCAUUUAAUAAAUGUCCCCUUAUGCAGUGGGAGCAAUGAACAUAAAAUGAAAGCUGUCUUAUCACUAGUCCAGCAUUCUCUUCCCCACAGUAGCUAACCAGCUACUUAUGGAGAGCCCCAAAGCAAGGCAUAUCGGCAAUAGCCAUCACUCAUAUUGUUGCGUGUCGAGACCCUGCAGCCCCUCCCCCCCCCUCGUUGGAAAUAACUCACACAAGGACACGGAUAUUAGGUUUAUGUUAUUGGGCAAAUUUUGGCCACAACUUUACAGUGGUACCUCGGGUUACAUACGCUUCAGGUUACAUACGCUUCAGGUUACAGACUCCACUAACCCAGAAAUAGUGCUUCAGGUUAAGAACUUUGCUUCAGGAUGAGAACAGAAAUCAGGCUCCGACGGCAUGUCAGCAGCAGGAGGCCCCAUUAGCUAAAGUGGUGCUUCAGGUUAAGAACAGUUUCAGCUUAAGAACAGACCUCCGGAACGAAUUAAGUACUUAACCCGAGGUACCACUGUAUUGAAAUUACAGAAUGUGAGUGGUAUUGGCUUAGGCAUUGAUUGGACCUGACUAUAUCUGACUCCUGCCCAUUGUGCAAGAAGUCCAAGUAAGGGUAAGCCACCGGUGGGGGGGGGGGCUGUCGAUGCGAACCAACUCAAGCUCCCCCUGGUGUUCCCGUUGGGGUCGUGUCAAGGCCUUAGCCCCCCAGCAGGGCUUCAGACUAGAUCAACACCCCGGGAUUCCUUUAAUGGAAUACCCUUAAGCAUGGAGGGGCAGGUGAUGGCCACACCUCCCUUCCCCCACACAAGGUCAAAGCAAGGCAUAUCGGCAGUAGCCAUCACUCAUAUUGUUGUCUCCCAACAGCUUGUAAAUGAGGCAAGCUGCCUCUGAUCCUACUAACCAUUGAUAGCCUUCUCCUGCUUUACUUUGCAUGAGCAAGUAACCACCAAAUCCUGUGGCACUGAAUUCUGUAGUUUCACUGCAUGCUGCCUUUUGUCUGUCCUGACAAAUCUCAUCACUCUUCAGCUCCAGUGAGCUGAGGUUCAGUACUGCAAGAAAGGGAGAGGGAGUCUCUGUCUACAUGCUUCGCACCAUAAAUAAUUGUACACAGCGAAUUAAAUUAUGAGAUGAAUACUGAGUCAAUUGCAAUAAUGCGCCGCGUGAAUAAAUUUUGUACAGACAUAUAUAUAUAUGCACAUUGGCUUAGACAGGGACCAGUGUCUUUAAUAAAAGAUUCACCUUAUUGAAUUUGGCUCCCAAGAGGACCUCUGACACAGCAGCCUUGGUGUUCCUAGAGAUUUUGGAAGAUAACUGGGUUUUGUAAGGGUUUUUGAAUGGCCAAUGGAGCAGAUCAUUGUUUGCACAGCUGCAGUUAAAGGAUGCCUGUUAAGAGUGGGUAUUCCAAGUACUUUGAAGUGUGUGAGUGAGUGAGAGAAAGAGAAAGGAGGAUUGUUUUUUCCUUUGCACAAUAGCUCCGUUUUAUACCCACAUGUUCUGUUAAAAAGUAUGUAUCCUAGUCUCCUCCUAUAUUUUAUAUUACCUGUUUUCAUUGCUGCCUGAUCAUCAUUACUGUUAACAAUAAUUCACCUAAUAGUUUAGUUUGAAAUCACUUGUGAAACUGAAAGCAAAGUAGGCUGGUCAAACAAAGAAACUCAAUGAAAGAUUGAUUAGUCAAAAUGCCACCAAAUAGAACAGCUGGUUUUCUUCAGUAUUUACAAAUAAAGCAUAUGUUAAAUAACUUAAAAAGAAGAUACAGAUUAAAUUAUAAAAUUUUUGAACUGUUAAUUACAAAUGUAAAUCACUUGCCAGGAACUUUAGCACAAAUUUGUAAAAUCAUUGCAGAAUCAGAAAUGCUUAGUAACCAUUGCCAGGCAAAAUGGAAGGCAGACAUUCUAAGAAUAAUACCAGUAGAAAAAUGGAUAUGGAAAAAUAUUCCAUGAUUUACCUUCUGUAAGAAUCUUCAGGAUUUUUCUUAGUAAAACCAUCACUCAGUGGGAUUUAAUUCCAGCCAGACUGAAUAGAAUUUAUCCAACUUGGACUGAUCAUUGUUGGAAAUGUAAAGCGUCCAGUACAGAUCAUGUGCUAUGGGAAUGUCCCAUAAUUAAGACCUUUUGGCAAGCUGUUUUACAAGAAAUAAGAAGUAUCCUUGGUUAUGGGAUCAAGUUGGGAUUUUGUUUGGUUAUCUUAGAGCUACUACAUCAGAUGAAGAUUUUGAAAAGGUAGUCUUAUUUAUUAAUGUCAGCUAGAAUGCUAAUUUGUCAAAACAUGGGGAAAAACCUAAACCACCACCUAUAGACACUUGGAUUGCUAAGGUAUGGGAAAUUGUCUAUAUAUGGUCAAGCUGACAGGCACAAUUAGAGAAAAAGAAGGCAAAAUGAAUGACAAUAUUUGUAGAAAAAAUUGAGUUUGGUUAUCAUUUGUUGGAACAAUGAAGUACAAGAUCCAGUUAAUCCAUAUCUGUUGUUACUAGGAGAAAUAUUAUAAAGAAUUGCCCAUUUUAAAUUGUGAUGAGUGCUAAUAUUUGUAAAGGAAAAAACAAUUAAAAGAAGGUAAAGGGACGUGGGUGGCACUGUGGUCUAAACCACAGAGCCUUGGGCUUGCCGAUCAGAAGGUCAACGCUUAGAAUCCCCACGACAAGGUGAGCUCCUGUUGUUCGGUCCCUGCUCCUGCCCACCUUGCAGUUCAAAAGCACGUCAAAAUGCAAGGAGAUAGAUAGAUACCGCUCUGGCGGGAAGGUAAAUGGCAUUUCCAUGCGCUGCUCUGGUUCACCAUAAGCAGCUUAGUCAUGCUGGCCACAUGACCUGGAAGAUGUCGGCGGACAAACGCCAGCUUCCUCGGCCUAUAGAGCAAGAUGAGCGCCGCAACCCCAGAGUCGUCCACGACUGGACCUAAUGGUCAGGGGUACAUUUACCUUUACAGGAGAUUUACAAUAAUAAUUAAUUCAAUGCAAAGCUAUAGAAAAUAACUCUUUUGGCCCAAAGUAUAGUACAAGCACCUUUAUUCCUGACAAGCUACAAGUUAAGGUGUUGAUGCAUUCCUCCACAAAAAGAAAGCUUUGUUUUUGAUGACCCAGUAAUUCCAGCAGUGCCACACAUCAGCUAAGGGCGAUUCCAAUAGGAAAGAGUUUAACAAGGCAUGCUGGAGUUUUGACCAUUUCCCACUUCCGACCUCCCCCUGCAAGCAAGAACCCUUUGCUGUCAUAGCAGAUUGCAGCUGACAUUUCACCAUCAGGCCUUACUCUCUGUUUGUUGUACAGCUCAAGGAAAUGCUACAUUUUCAUAGCUUCAAUGAGGAUUAGUGACAUAAGUGGAAGGUGGUUAUUUUCAGUGAAGUAUCUAUAUGAAGUCAUGGAAACCUGUUCAUUGAAUUGCUCUUUAUAAAAAAAAGGGGGGAAGAAUUUCAAGAGGUGCUGCUGCAACUGAGUGGAAAGUACUACAGCAGCUUUAAGUUUGGAUGUCUGUUUCUAUUUUGUCAACCCUUCCUGAUUACUGACGGCAACGGCCAUAGAAUUGUAGAAUUGUGAAGUUGGAAGGGAUCCUGAGGGUUAUCUAGUCCAACCCCCUGCAAUGUAGGAAUCUCAACUAAAGCAUCCAUGACAGAUCCAACAUCUGCCUGAAACCUCCAGUGAAAGAGUCCACCACUUUCUGAGGGAAUCUGUUCCACUGUCAAACAGCGCUUACUUUCACAAAGGUCCUCCUGGAAUAGCAUUAGCCUUUUUUUUUUGCUGCUACAUCACUCCAUUGACUCACGUUAAGCUUGUGGUCUAUCAAGACCUCUAGAUCCUUAUUACAUGUACCCCUGGCAAGCCAGGUGUCCUCCCAUCUUCUGUUUCUGCAGCUGGUUAUGCCUGCCUAAGUGUAGAACCUUACAUUUGUCCAUAUUGAAAUCCAUUUGGUACGUUUUGGUCCAGUUCCCCAAUCAGUUAAGGCCAUCAUGAAUUCUGAUUCUGUCAUCUGCGGCAUUAGCCAACCCUCUCAGUUUGGUGUCAUCUGUAAAUUGGAUGAGCACCCCCUCAAUUCCUUGAUCCAAGUCAUUUUCAAAGACGUUGGACAACAACGGGCCCAGGAUAGAUCCCUGUGGCACCCCACUUACGAAUUGUGAAUAUGUCAGAACUGAUCGAGUUCCUGCUUACGUUUUCCCCUCCGCCUUCAACUCUUUAUUUACUUUAAAUUUUAAAAAGGUGGUAUAUUGCUAAAUAUUUGACUGGAGUGAGGGAAGGUUAGGUCAUGACAUGAGUGUUAUGUGUUAUCUGGCAGUGUGAUGCUUUGUUGGCUUUAAAAAUAAAGAUAAUACUGUGUGUUAAUGGAACCAUAGGAAAGCAGCUGCCUUUCAGAGGUGAUGAAGGCUCUGUAGCAUUGCUACUCAUAAAAAAAGAGAAAAAGAUGUGGUGACAAGCUGUGAAAUGAAACAAAACUAAAGGGCCAAGAAGAUCUAAUAAUCUUUGGAUGUCCACACUAGCUCAUUCUCACAUGAUCUGUCAUUCAAAAUUGCCCAAGGAACCAUGGACAGUUGACAUCUCAUGCUCUUCUGAAAUCAGGUUCCUACUCCUGCAAUAGAGAGCCUAUGGUACUUUCCCAUGGAGCAGUUGACACAAGGUUUACAACAGGUGAGGAUGCAUCAGGGAAAGAAGUGCAAAGGUAAAGGGACCCCUGACCAUUAGGUCCAGUCGUGACCGACUCUGGGGUUGUGGCGCUCAUCUCGCUUUAUUGGCCGAGGGAGCCGACGUACAGCUUCCAGGUGAUGUGGCCAGCAUGACAAAGCUGCUUCUGGCAAACCAGAGCAGCGCACGGAAACGCUGUUUACCUUCCCGCCGGAGUGGUACCUAUUUAUCUACUUGCACUUUCGAACUGCUAGGUUGGCAGGAGCAGGGACCGAGCAACGGGAGCUCACCCCAUCGCGGGGAUUCGAACCACCGACCUUCUGAUCAGCAAGUCCUAGGCUCUGUGGUUUAACCCACAGCGCCACCCGCGUCCCCGGAAAGAAGUGUAUUUCCCCCCCAAAUAAAAUUAAGAGCUUUCAGAAAAUGUCAUAGGUGCAGUACAGAAGUGCAGCAAUGAUAGAAGUCUGGACCAGAGUCCAUAACUAACGGUGUGGGAAAACUCCUUGGUUCCAUUGUGGGAAUUCUAGGCAGAAGAGCCAUAUCAAAAAUAAAGAGGGUGUGGCUGAAUUGUAAGCUUAGGUACAUGUCAUUAACAUACAUCUGCAUACUAUUUUCACGGGUAUCAUCAGUGCCAAGCAACUGAGAGUGUGCUAAAGCAACAUUCUAAAGUCUUAGCAAAUCUUGAGUCAGCCCUUGAACGGUUAAUUCAUGACCUCAUGUUAUUGUUUCAGUGUUUCUUAUUAUAUUUGCCAUCUAAAUUGCAGGCAAACCCAUAAGGACAUAAAAAUUAUUGUUCUAUGAGUGGCAGCUACAAUUCUAAUGAUAGAAACAGAUGUGUAAGCUGCAGCAAGAUUCCUUGGUGGCUGUAAUUUUUGGCCUUUGUGUACUAUGCUUCCCCCCCCCCCCCCCAUUUAGGGUGAAUUCUUUUUGCACUCAUCUGCCUAUUAUUAUUAUUAUUAAUAGUAGGACUAUUAUUAUAUACUUAACCACCAUCUCUGAGAUAUAGCACAGCUCCAGAAGAUUUUACUGAGUUAGGCAAAGCCUGAAGCUGGAGAAAAGACAUUCUUGAGUGGAUGGCUGCUGAAUAGAGAAGAACUAUUUAAUUUCUUUUUAGCUGGGUUUUUCAUCAGCAGUGCUUGUUAUUUCAGCUCAACCAAGCAUUAGGAGCCUCCAUUGCUUUUCCACAUGGCAUGGCUGCUCUUACAUUUAAAAUCCCCUCUCUUCAGUGGAAAACUUCCAUAGUAACUCUGGAAUGCUAAGGAGUGCGUUGGGGCUUACAGGCUGUACUUGACCCACUUAAACCCCUCUUUUUUAAAAAAAUCAAAAUAUCAAAAAAUGAGAGAUACUUCCACAAUGGACUGUUUCUAGAAUAGACACUGAAUGAAGACUUUCGAAUAAGGAAAACUAUUGCAGAGUCACCACUGAACCCAUACAUUCUUAAAGGAGAUAUUAUUCUUUUCUGAUAUAUUCCUCUUCCUUGCAGAAAAUAUUAAUUAGAACUCAAUUUAGGGUGUUUGCAAAGGCGUGCCUACCAACAGAGGUCAGUAUAAGGUUAAUGUGGCCUCCGAGUUAUUUGUUGAGUAUCUGAGCUCUAACUGAAUGAAAAGUGCUGUUGAAACUACUGAGCCAAAACUCACUGGCAGAGUGAGAAAUAGAAAUUACUGAGCCAAAACUCACUGGCAGAGUACCUGGUUUGCAUACAGAAGACCCCAGAUUCAACCCUCAGCAUCUAUAGGUUGGGCUGAGAAUACCCUGUCUCAAACCUGGGGGGAGGCAGUCAUGACCAGUCAGUGUUGACAAUACUGAGCACAUGGACCAAUGGGCUGACUCGUUAUAAGGCAGCCCAGGGAGCGGGCAGGUGCGCUCCUAGCCACUCCGAGAGCCAGAGAGGCACGAUUUGUGUGCCCCCCCACUGGACUUCCACCCUUGGUGGGAUCCAACCUGACCAACCCCUUAGCUCUUGAGUCGCAUCCUUGGCCGACUGCUAACACUCUUCUUAUAUGGCAGGAGUGGGGAAUGUUUCCAAGUGCUUAUGGGCUACAGCUCCCAGCAUCCUUGACCAUUGGUCAUGCUGGCUGGGGUGGCUGGAUGAGAGUUGGAGUCCAACCCUUGUGGUACAGUACUGAGUCCUUAUAUAAAAGCUAAGAAAGAGCUGGCUCUAAAUAUAGGCCAAUAUGUGCUUUGGAUUGAAUGUCAAUAUGACAUGAAAGCAUUAGUAAAAUACGAUACUUCAGCAACACAGGGAAAUGUUGGCAGGCCUAUAUUUUUAAAAGCAUAAAAGCAAGAAAGGUGGUUUUAAUUUGUUCCAGUGUGCAGGCUGCCUUAUAGUUUGGGAUUUGUCGCUUGGAUUCAAAUCUACCCAGAAGUUCACUGGUGCAAAUGAAAACAAGGGCAUCCCCAUCAGUAGCAUGGAGAUUACUCAAAGGGACUUGCUUUUGAAUUUUGCCCUCGGGUCAAGUUCCCAGGCAGCACCAAUAAGGAAUCUGUAAUAAUAAUAUAUAUAUAUAUAUAUAUAUAUAUAUAUAUCUAUAUUUAAGAUGGAUUUUUAAAAAAUAGUAGCAAAUAUAAUACUUAACGGUUUUAAAAAUAGCCCCCUGCCCUGUGAUGGAUAAACUAGAGAAAUUACAAAGCUCUUGGAUAUAUUUAUCACACACUUGAGAAGUCAAAUGUGAAUAGUGCCUUCGAGCCAAUUAUUUCUGACUUUCACUUUGUGCUUCAGGUGACCUCUUGUGGUGAGUCAUAGAUCUUGCAAUAACAUGGUUGUGUUGCUGCUUCAUUGCCACGGUGAUUGUUCCAGCAGUGGCCCCGAUUUCAAAAUACCUCUGCAUUCACAAAGAUGGUGUAUUUAUUGUCCUUAAAGCAAAAUUGGCAAGUGUUUUGUAGUGUUUUGAAUGUAUUUGGAUUAAAUCCUGAAAGGUGGUUAAGCAAUUCAGCUUGCCUAAGUUACAUGUUUUCAUCUGGGGAAUGGUUUUUUUAAAAAAGAGGGUUGCUUGCCAUUUUUCUGAAAAUAGCAUGCCCCUUUUAGACCAUUGUUGUUUGCUGUGGGAAAAUGUCAGCUCCAUCAGUGCGUUAAGGAGCAGCUUUAGAUGGCAACCCUUUUAGAUGUUGUGUUUUUACAGGGAUGUGGUGCUUUCCAAAACAGUGCUUAGAAAUGUGGGACCGCUGAGCAUUGUUUGAUUCAGCUAUCAGUAAAUUAAUGGACCCAGUUCAACACUGUAGCUCAGAAGCAAUGAAUGGCUCCCUGAAUUCCUUCUGCUCCCAGGCCUGUAAUCUGCAUCCUUUAAUUAGCCUGCCUUUAUUUUGGCCGAUGCCUAAUGAGUGGCAGUACUUUGGUUCAUGCCAAAGACAGAAAGUGCUGUAUGAAUUUCCUCAUGCUUGUUUUUCAACAACCACAUUUUUCAGGUAGUAGUAUCUCAGAAAGCUGGAAGAUCUUUCAGUGCAACUGCUUGCACUCACGCAAGAUCCCUUAUGCCUCAACAUUUUUAAUGAAUUAGCAAGAGUAUCCAGAUGUAUGGGUUGCCAGCACCAAGGGUGCUUGCAGCUUAAUACUGUAGAGCAGGCAUCCCCAAACUCAGCCCUCCAGAUGUAUUGGAACUACAAUUCCCAUCAUCCUUGACCACUGGUCCUGUUAGCUAGGGAUGAUGGGAGUUGUAGUCCCAAAACAUCUGGAGGGUCGAGUUUGGAAAUGCCUGCUGUAGAAGGACCGUACAGAUGUUGUAAAUGGGUUUUUGGAAACAGGUUCCCUUUUAAAAUAACUGGUUGUAUUUUCCGUGGAAAGGGCCCAUCAGGAUUAAGUGAGGGGAAAAUACAGACUACCAGUUUGAUGCCAACAUAUGGAAGCUGUGGGGAAUUUCCAUGCACGAGGAGCACCGAUCAAACAAUAAGCACCCAUCUGGAAGCAACCAAACUUCCAUUAUACUGGAGGAGCUUAUAGAGCAAGAAGUACAUUGAGUUACACAAAAACACAUGGCUAAGAGUAACAGCUAGGGUCUAUUGUGUUGUGUGGCAAACUAAAACCUUGGAACUGCCAGCUUAUUACGACCUCCGCCAUUUCCCCUCCCACAAGGCCAGAACUGAGACAACAUUAAAGGAACCUAUUCAGAGAUGAGCCUCACUGAGUUUAAUAAGACAUGUAGUACAACUCUAUACAUACCCACCUGGAAUUAAGUCACACUUCUUUAAAUAGUAAGUGCACGUAGGAUUUCAGUCUUAUUCCACCCCCCAAAAAACCCCAAUAUUCUUUUUCUAUGGCUGUUUCCCGUUAUUGUGAUUUCCCUCUGUGCUGCCACCUGGUGCCGUUUCCCUCAUUACGCAACUGGGGUUGUGGCGCUCAUCUCGCUUUCAGACCGAGGGAGCCAGCAUUUGUCCACAGACAGUUUUCCGGGUCAUGUGGCCAGCAGGACUAAACCGCUUCUGGCGCAACGGAACACUGUGACAGAAACCAGAGCACAUGGAAACGUUGGUUACCUUCCCACCACAGUGGUACCUAUUUAUCUACUUGUACUGGCGUGCUUUCGAACUACUAGGUUGGCAGGAGCUGGGACAGAGCAGCAGGAGCUCACCCCGUCACCAGGAUUUGACCCACUGACCUUCUGAUCGGCAAGCCCAAGACACUCAAUGGUUUAGACCAGAGUGCCACCACGUGUGGUGUGUAGUGGUUAUACUAAGACCUGUGUUUCAGUUCAUGUAUUGCUUCAGAAAGUGUAAGGUAGCUGGAUUCACCUUUAAAUGCAAACUAAAUGGAAUUUCUCUCCCGACCUACUAAAAGGUUAUUGUGAGCCUAUGUACACCACAUUGAGUUCCUUGGAGGAAACAUGGGAUAUAAAUGUAAUGAUUAUCAUCAGAAUGGUCAAGACAUGACAAUGUGUCGGCCUGGUUGCCUUUUCAACAGGGCAAAGUUGAGAUGCCUUAGUUAUUUGCCCGAAUGUAUUGGCCCAUCACUGAUGAAACCAAGGAAACUGCCAAUGCAGUGCAACAGAGGAAGACAAAGAGGCUGAAAGUUGCUUUAGUAAACCCCAUUAACACUUUCACACAAAAAUAGCUGAGGAAGGGAGAAUUUUUUGUGAAACUCAACCCUCUCUUUCCAGCUCACCACUAUUCCUGAUGUUCUUUAACUUGAGAUUGCUCUACAUUAACCAUAUCUCCUAUUCUGGUGUAUUUAAGGAGUAUAGUCACAUUGCCAGCACAAAUAGAAAACAGCAGAAUAGUCCCCUUCUAACCCCAGUUGGCUGCUCACAGAGCAUCAAAUUAAAACUCGUGUCAUAAUCUAUAGGCACCAACACUGGCCAAAUGCCUCAUAUGUUUUAAUGCCAUAUCUCAGACUUUUUAAAUAGCAUUUGCACUGAAGCAGCAUAGCAGAGUUGUUUAACUGAUAAAAUAUGAUAAAGACACAAACACUUCCUGUUAGUGUCAGAGUUUUGGCAGGGAUGGGAUUCCAUGGGGACUGCAUUAUAACUUUUGUAGUGGGUAAAUGCUUCAAAUUGUCUUGACAACAGCUGGGCCUCAUUCAUAACAUUAGUUUCACAUUAUCUUUCUGGUUUUAGAUACCAAUGAAAAUCCCGACUGUCCUAACUCAAAUACUUCUGUCCUCUUUAAAGUUCCUCUGUUUAUCUAAGCAGUUCAGUUUGUUAACUGAAGAAUGAAAACUUACUUUGCCUGCGUCAUUAAGAAAUCCAGCCGUAGCAUUUGAAGUGCUUUCAGUUUUCCCCAAUUGAUACUGAAAUAUAAAUUCCAUUCUACGUGGCACCCUAAGAACUAUGACUUUUUGCUCCAUAAAAGAAGACUGUGUUAAUGGGUUCUUUAAAAAAAUAAAAAUCAUUACAUGUACAGUGGUAUCUUGUUACUCGAAAGGCUUCGCUCCCGAACAAAUAGGCUCCCAAACGCCACAAACCCAGAAGUGAGUGUUCCAGUUUGCGAACAUUUUUCGGAACCCAAAUGUCCGACGCUGCUUCCGAUUGCGUGCAGGAAGCUCCUGCAGCCAAUCGGAAGCCAUGUCUUGGUUUUCAAAUGGUUUCGGGAGUUGAGUGGACUCCCAGAACAGAUUAAGUUGGAGGACCAAGGUACCACUAUAUGUGUGAAGCCUGUUACUUAGCUCAGCUCAGACAUGAGUGGUGUUGCCUAAGCUAUACUCUGAACCUUAGAAUAUAAUGUGAUAUGGUUUGUGCAGAAAUCAGUGGCACAGCAGACGGAUAUUCCCAGAACCUUCUUUUGUGCAAAAACCUUCCUUUUAAUAUAAUGUUCCUGGCUUUUCCGUAUUUCUUCUUUUAAGCUAAGUAUGCUGAUAAGUAUUUUUGAGCAUCACUCCUGUCCCAAAACAUGUGACGGAAAUAAAUGUUAGUUUGAAACAUGGAGAAGAAACUCCCAAGUUGGAUUUGUGGAAAAGCUUCAGGCAUAUUCCCCCCUCGCUCUGGGUGACUGGUCAUUAGGGUCAGUUUCACACGCCUUUGCCUUGACCUGUGGGUUAGGCGCAGCCCAACUGCAGUCAGAGUAUAAAGAGGUACUUUUUAAUUGUUGCAACAUAUGUUCAAAGAACUGGCGAGCCCACAGUAGGCCAGAUCUACUUGACAGGCACUCUUGAGCAGGUGGUGAAUGAAUUAGGUAACCUAUAUUAUUUACACGUAUCAAUCCAAUUGUUAUCCCAUCCAUCUUCUCAAGCCUACAUAGGGAUCCCGUCAGCCCCAACUCAGCCAUGCCCAUUAGACUUCAUUGCUUCACUCCACGAAUGAAGCUAAUUGGUCCACAACUUUGGAUUUGCAAACAUUCUUCCCAUGCCUUAUUAUUCCCUUGUUUAGGAAUCUGGAAGCAAUGAUGAUAAAAACAAGAUUCCUUUGGAUUACAAGGAUAAGACAGGCCUAGAAGCCAGGAGGUAUAAAUUAUGUAGGAGUAACUGAGCCCCUUCAAAUGCUUCCCCCCUCUCUCUUUUUUUUAUCAAAGCCUUGAAAUAACUUCCCUUCUGCCAUGCUCACCUUUAAGGUUUUUAUUACCUUGGCACCAUCUGUUCAUUCCUUCUAGUUUUGCCUCAUUGAUUCCUUCUCCAGGCGAAACAAAAAAAUAAUAAUCCUUUUUUGGUUCAUGAAAAAUGCUGAUCCUCUUUUCAUGUUCAGGAGUAAGGGAUGAAAUAUUUUGGAACUGGGAGUAGCCUAGAAUAGUAGACUCCCCAUGGUGUGUGAUUUGGAAAGGGCAGGCGCAUUCCUGUGUCACCAGAUAAUCCUACCCCAUAAGAAAAAUAAAAUGUAUCAUGCUUGAGAGAUACUUCAGCUGUUUGUUGGAUAACUUUUCAAACAGACUCUUACCCUGUCAUUUGAAAUAAGAAUAUUGUCCCAUUGCAAUUAGUACAAGAGUUGAAACAGGAUAGUUUUGAGCUUUUGGAUUUCAGAUUUCAUAUCCUUGGAGAACCCUUUGCAUAUUGUAAGCAAAAGAACCUCCACUAUGUUCUAUCUGGAGCACAUGCUUAAGGUAAAGGUAAAGGGACCCCUGACCAUUAGGUCCAGUCGUGACUGACUCUGAGGUUGCAGCGCUCAUCUCGCUUUACUGGCCGAGGGAGCCGGAGUACAGCUUCUGGGUCAUGUGGCCAGCAUGACUAAGCCGCUUCUGGCGAACCAGAGCAGCGCACGGAAACGCCGUUUACCUUCCCACCGGAGCAGUACCUAUUUAUCUACUUGCACUGACGUGCUUUCGAACUGCUAGGUGGGCAGGAGCAGGGACUGAGCAACAGGAGCUCACUCCGUUGCGGGGAUUCGAACUGCCGACCUUCUGAUCGGCAAGUCCUAGGCUCUGUGGUUUAACACACAGCGCCACCUGCAUCCCUGGAGCACAUGCUUAGGCCUGAUUAAAAGGUAACACUGGAAAUGUAAAACAAAACCAAAAGAAAACAAGACACUUAACGGCAUUCUACCUGCUGCUUCAUGUUUCAACUGACCCAGACCACGGUCACCAUGUAUUGAACACCUAUAGAGAUCGUCGAUCCAUAAUGUAGUAAAGCUGCAUGCAUGAGUGAUAUAACCUGAUUUAAGUGAGAUACCAACUUGCAUAGAACCUCACAUGGGUUUUUCUCGCAUCCCUGGUGCAACAUUUAAAUCGGAUCUUAGUUUGUCCACAGCAGCGGCCAGGCAUGUUGAAUCUAGCUGUCAUGUCAUGCAAAGUGAGUCAUGCCAUACCAUAUAUUUGCACAUUGCAGGGGAAGAAACAUAACAAUGGAAAACCUGUCUUUCAGGCUGUUUGGUUUACUGAGCAGCACUUCAUGGAGCUGUUCUUAUUCUGGGAACAGGGACCAGUUCCAGGUUUGAGUGGUCCCUAGGCAUUGUGCUCUUGAGAAAGCCUCCUCAUCUAUCAGUAGGUCCUGGAGGAUUUACUUGGCUGUGGCAGCAGCAGCACUCCAAGUAGCGUCAGAUCAAUGUGAUGUUGUGGUUGGAAUGUCACCAUAUGUCAGGUGUGCGUGCAGGAGCCGGGCCCUGUGACCAAUAGGACUUUGCAGGACUGGGGCCUUCCUAAGUUUGUUCUGAAGAGGCAAGGCGUGGCCACACAGGUGAGGCCGAUUGGUAACUCACAGCACCUGGUGGCAAGAGCCAGGAAGGGAUAUAAGGUCAGCAUUUUCCCUUCGGCUCUUUGCCACAGCAACAUAUUCCCUGCCUUGCUUCUUGAUCCUCGGACCCCUGACUUCGUGAUUUCUUGCUUCUUGAUCCUCGGACCCCUGACUUCGUGACUCCUUGCUUCCUGACUCCUGGCUUCUGGAACCCCAUUCCUGCUCCCACCCCACCAUCUUGCCCCCGGUCCUGACAUCCCCUGCCAGGACUUUGAUCACCCAUGAACAGGAACGUGACACCAUAAGACCUGGAAGACCAUGGUUCCAGUUGCCAUUCAGCCAUGAAGCUCACUAGGUGGGCUUGGGCCAGUCACUCACUCUCAGCCUAACCUACCUUUGGGGAAGAGGACAGCUAUGUAUGCCAGUGCACUGUCAGCAAUGGGAUCUGUCAUGGCAAUUGAACUGCUUGAAUACCACUGUUUUAAGGCUUCCGUGGGGAUUAACCUGCAGUGUAGAGCCUUGUUCUCCAAUAUCUCCAUGCUGAGAGAUGAUCCACUGAGAUCUGAGACAACUAUUUUGAUCCUUUUCAUAUUUUUGGCCCAGGAGCCGGUAGCAUGCCAUAUUCUUUCCUUAUUUACGUAUGGAUUUCAUUUCAAGAUGGUUGCAGCUCUUGCUUUUCAGUCAUGUGUUGAAAUAUUCGAAAUCAUAUUUGAAUUUUAGAGUUGGAAUAUAUACCAUGAGGGCCAUCUAAGCCCCUGGAAUGCAGGAAUCUUUUUCCCAAUGUGGCACUCAAACCCAUGGCCCUGAGAUUAAGAGUCUCGUGCUCUGGCAACUGAACUAUUCCUAUGCAUACACCACCAUCAACCUUCUUGUUAUGUUACCUCUGGCUUGCUUAAACAGUUCAAUACAGCAAUUUCCUUCAAGGAAUAGCUAAAUCGCCUCCCACCCCCCAAAAUGUGGGGACAAUAGGUAAUCUUGCUUAUCUUUAUUGCAGGUAUUUUAAUAGAUGUUGAGAAGCUGUGCUGCAGAAAUCCACAUAGUUAUUUUGAAAGGGUAUGUUCCCAAGUCAAAUAAUAGAUUAGACUUUUGCUUACUUAUAGUAAGUGGCCAUCUGUUCAGAAUCUUGGAAGGUCAGUCCUUGAUAGAAUUAUUCCUUUCAUAUAGCCAUGUCUGGAAAAGCAUGUAAAAAGGAAAAUCUGAUUAAUGCAAGAGUACGAGGGUUACUUUUCUCACAGUCCUCAGGAAAAAUGGCAUUAUUAUGGCUAGAGGAGAAUUUUGUUUGGUCUGCCUAUGUGACGAGGCUGGAGAAAGCAAGCUUAGGUGUAGUGGAGCGGGCAUAAACACACCUGUAAGGAAGAUUUUUGAGCGUGGCUAAUGGUUUGUAGGAAGGAGCAGAAAGAGAGAGGCUGUCUUCUGUCCUACUCUAUGAUGAGCUGAGGCUCUUCGGGCCAAGAGGAGUUGAUGACACUGCCAUCUGGCAUAAAAGGGGGCUGCAAACACCCUGUGGUUUAGGGGACCAUACCACAGCAUAUUUGGGCAAGCUGAAUGAAUAUACAGGUUGGAACAUUCCUACCUUUUAGAUUCCACACUUAUCCAAAUUUUGCGAUGCAGUUACUGGUGGGGGGGAAACACCGGACUGUUGUUUGGCGUGUUUUGGGAUAAAAUACCCUUAGAAAUGCGUGUGUUGAGAUAAAAUACAUGUGUAAAAUGUAUUUUGCCAUAAAAUGCAAAUUUAAAUGUGACUUUUCAUGCUUUGCUUUUUAAUUCACAUAUUUAUGAGGAAACAGGACGGAAGUGAACCAACCAGUACAAAACUGACGCGGAUCAGAAAUAGACCGAUAUGACUGUCCCUGCUUCUCCCCCAUCUCAUGUUCCACUGAAUGUGUCUUGCAAACUUUCCCUGAAAGGCAUAUGAAAUGGGUUCUUUCCUACUUUGAGGCUUGUUUGUCUACUCAAAAGAUUUCUAUACUACUUUUCACCAAAAAUGGUCACAAGGAGGUUUACAACAUGUAUUUUGGAAUAUGGUUUGUCUGUCUGUUCUCUGUAGGUUUAGCCACUUCUUGAGGUACCACCGCCAAAUUUGGCAUGAGAGUUCCCAAUGGGGGUGAAGGGAGGUCUUCGACAACUUUGGGAUGCUGGCCACCAUUUUGAAUCAAAAUGGCAGACCCAAAGAUGACUUUGGUGUGGCUUCAGCCAAUUUUUGGCAUGACAGGUCCAAAUUUAUAAAUUACACUGUCCAUUUGAAAACCGUAGUAUUAUUUAUUUAUUUUUCACUUCUAAAAAUACCUGGGCAGCACCAAGAUACUGGAUUCUUACCACAGACUUAGAUUCAAAUCCCUGCUUAGUCCUGAAGCACUCUGUGCUAAUCAAUAUCUCAGCCUAGCCUACCACACAAAGCUGAGGAUUAACUGGUCUUCACUCAAAGUAGACCUGUUGAAAGUAAUGAACAUAACUGAAUACCAUGUGUGGCAUUGAGCGUCUUGGAGGAAAGGCAUAAUAUUUAAAAUGUGGUGAACGUGUGCAAAAUAUGUGUAUAGAUAGAUAGAUGAUAGAUAGACAGACGGACAGAUAAAACUUUAUUCGCAUUAGCCAAUGGCCAUAGCAACAGUAAAACAUUGCAGUAUAUGCAAAAAAGGUCUGCUCCCCAUGACCCAGUGGACUGGAAGAUAAGGCCCAAAUAUUUGAAAGCUUUGACCUGUUCGAUUGGCUGAUUGUCCAUACGCCAACUGUGGGGCCUAUAUUUUAUUGAGAGAACCAUAACUUUGGUUUUCUGAUAGUUUACAACCAGGUGUUCUCUCUGGCAAUACACUGAGAAUUCUCUUAUCAAUCUUUUUAGGCCUAUUUUUGUUUGGGAUAAGAGAACUGCAUCAUCAGCAUAUAAUAGUACAGAGAUUGGAUCUGAGGCCAGUUUAGGGGCAUGGAACUCUGGAGAUGUUAGACACUGGACUAUGUCGCUUAUGUAUAGGUUAAAGAGUGCCUGAGCUAAAAUGCAUCCUUGCUUGACACCCUUUGUGGCUGGUACAGAUCCUGUAAGUUGGCCAUUUGUAGAGCAACACACUUUCAGCACAGUGUCUUUAUAAAGGCAGUUAAUCAGAUAUAAUAAUCUUCUGUCUAUGCUUGAGGUGUUCAAUUUAGCCCAUAGUCUUACUCGUGAGAUAUUCAUAUAUAUUAUUUCUCCCUCUUCAUUCCAGGUGCUUUUAUAAUCUGCUGGACUCCAGGAUUAGUCUUGCUGCUCCUUGAUGUUUGUUGCCCACAGUGCAAUGUCCUGGCAUAUGAAAAAUUCUUCUUGUUACUUGCUGAAUUCAACUCUGCCAUGAACCCCAUCAUCUACUCUUACCGGGACAAGGAAAUGAGCGCCACCUUCAAACAGAUCCUUUGCUGUCAGAGGAAUGAAAAUGCCAACGGCCCAACAGAAGGCUCUGACCGAUCAGCCUCAUCGCUCAACCACACCAUCUUGGCCGGAGUGUGUAGUAAUGAUCACUCUGUGGUUUGAAAUUGAACUGAAAGGGGGGUUUUUUUGUUUUUCUUUUUUUAAGGAAACAAAAACAAGACACCCACACAUGAGAAUUUAGUGCUGGGUGGAUUACUAGUUAUAAAACAAUUGACAACAUUGUUGGAGGUCUUGGAAGCAGAGGAGAAUAACAAUUUUACUAAGCUCUACUUUAAUCACUAAUGGACGAUAGUACUUUAUUCACCAGUGCCCAGUCCACAAAAACUGCCCAGUCUUUAGAAGCCUCACUGUUGUUUUGUUUUUAUCUUCUGCUUGGUGGAAGUAGAAAACGAGCUGCUUACACUGGGAAGCUGACAAACGUUUGGGAAAGCCAUUUUUAAAGCUACUCAUAACUAGCCUUCAUCAGAUGAUAUUUUUGUGAUGGCCCUAACUGAAAGCCUCUCCAAUUAAUUAAGCUUAAUAACUGCAUCAGUGCCUUCUUAUUUAGAAAUUUAGGCUUCCUCCUUGUUGUUGUUUUUAAAAUGCAUUUCAUUAAUAAUUAUCCCCAUCAGCAUGCUUUGUGAUGGACAUUUUCAGGGCAAGGACAGAAACCUGUUGUAGCCUUCAUUUUUAUUUACACUGCCAAUAACAAUGAAAAACAUCUGUUUUACUACUACAGUUGUCAAUAUAGCUGCUGGGAAAUGAAUGUCUUUCCCUUGAUUUACUAGAGUUUGAAAAGCAGGCUUGUUGCAGAUAUGGAUGUGCUUAAUUCUCACACUGAAAUCGGUGGGAAUUAAGAGUUGUUUGGUGACUGGCUAUAUUGCCCCCAAGACAUUUACCAUUCUUUAGUAAAGAAUUAAGCAAUCUGCGUGACAUAUACUGGAAGUUUUAAGAAGUUUCUCAUGGCCAGAUCUUAUGGUGGAUUAUAAAAUUCUGAAACAGCCACCUUCAAAUUGGCUAAGGUGAAGCAUGACCAUGCGUAUGUUUUUUAAAUGUAUUUGUAGUGUCAAGUCUUCUAAUUAAAGGGAUUUUACUUUUGGGGGAAAGUAAAACUUUUUUUUUAAAGAAGGAAUUUUCUUCGCUGUUUUGCACAGAGUGGGAGAUAUUUCUUUUUGAUUUUUCAGAUUGCUUAGGGCUGGGAUGUAUGUGGCCAGUUUUCCUCCUACUCGCCCUUAAAAAGCCUGUGACAGGAUUGAGGGGGAUGACAGAUUUAUCUAGUUCCAGUGGGGAAUGCUUAAUCUAGUGGGGAUAUCUCCGUCUUUUCUUUAUUUUUAAAGCCAUUGGCUGUGAGAAUGGCAACAGCAGGCCUCUCUCCACUCAUGCCAGGACUGGAUUUCAUAUUCUGUUCACUGAGGUUUAAGGUUCAAAUGGCAGUAGGUAGAGAGAUGGAACUUAUCACCACCAUCACCCUCGCAGACAGCGUAUUUUAAGAUGUAGGAAAAGGCAAUCUUACUACGGUAGGCAACUCUUACCAGAAAUCAGAUGAACCAAUUCAGUCACCCCUCCCCGCCCACACACACAAAAAAGUAACCCCACAUUUACUACCUAAGAAAGAGGUGGCAAAUUCUGAGUGCUUUUGCACCUCGGCCCUAAUUUUCCUUGUCAUCCAACUAUUUCCUUGACUCAGAGUCCAAUUUCUGUUUGGUUUUGAUUUUUGUUUUACAGGCAACAUAAAUCAGUAUCACAAUGAAAAUGUGUUAGUAUUCUGUUCCUACAAACAAGAUUUGUUAUUUAGAAAAAUGGAUUUAGAGUUAAGCCUUUGCUUUCAUUACUGUAAUCUCUUGAUGGAGAUUAAAUAUAAAGAGCUCUCUAUAGCGAAGGCUAAGGAUUAAAAAAAAAGGAAAAAAGAAUUUGGGACCGUUGUGAUAUUGGUGUAGCUCGCUACAUCAGUAACAAAUUUGCAGGCCUUCUGUGCUGAGAAUCUGCGUACAUCGGACAGAACAUUUGCUUGAGACCUUUGCUUAAAAUAGAUCCCUCAUUGUAAUGUUCUGGAGCAACACAUUCAAGAUAGUACCAUGUUUGUGAGGUAGAGUAUGUAGAUUUCUAAGAACAACGUAUAGCAAUGUCAAAAAGGUAAAGAGUAUGUACAAACAUAGAAUAUUUAGUAAUAUCCUAAGUGAAAGUAACAGAGAAGUGUGGCUCAUCCUACCAAAAGGUACCCAGAAAUCACCUGCCAGUUAACUAAAAGUUUGUGAGAUGGCAAAUAUGAAAUGAAAUUAAAAGCAAUGAACCCAUUGUUCUUUACUUAUGUAAUUUGCCUAAUGAAGAAGUCAGACUGUUAGAUUUUUUUAAAAAUGCCCUCCAUGCUAAGCCACUAAUAAAGUUCUCUCGAUGACUAUGUAAUGUUU